GGGGGUCGCCGGGGCAACGGAGCGACGCGCGCGCGGCCCGGUCGGCGGGAGAGGCGGCGGCGGCGGGAGAGGCGGCGAUGGAGGAGGCGGCGACGGGGACGACCACGGAGGGCACCUUCUGCCUGCAGCGUAUCCUUGGGCCGGGCGAGGGGGAGACGCUUCCGCGGAGAGCGCCGCUUGCCGCGCAAACCCAGCAGGACCGUCGCCCGUGUAAUUCUCUAAAAAUGUCCCGCCUCCUGUCGGCUGUCCUUACCUGUCGCCUUCCACCUCUCUAGCAUCUAUCUGUCGCCUAUCAUUGGUCACCUGUCCACCCUGUAAUGCAUCCCAUAAUCUAGAUAAAGAACCCCUGGACGGUUAUGUCCAGUCGUGGCCGACUCUGGGGUUGCGGCGCUCAUCUCGCUUUCCUGGCCAAGGGAGCCGGCGUACAGUUUCCGGGUCAUGUGGCCAGCAGGACUAAGCCGCUUCUGGCGAACCAGAGCAGCGCACGGAAAUGCCGUUUACCUUCCCGCCAGAGCGGUACCUUUUUAUCUACUUGCACUUUGACGUGCUUUUGGACUGCUAGGUUGGCAGGAGCAGGGACUGAGCAACAGGAGCUCACCCUGUCACGGGGUUUCGAACCGCCGACCUUCUGAUUGGCAAGUCCAAGUGGCACAGUGGUUUAGACCACAGCGCCACCCGUGUCCCUAUCUUUCUAUCUAUAAAUAGAGGCACAGGGUUCAAUAUGGGUGUAGGCGUCUAUGUUCAGGGGGGAAAGUUCUUACUGCUUUUAUUUAAGCGGGUUUGAGCAAACAAAUAUAGAUUAACUCAGACCAAGUCCUUGUAGGUGGAAAAGUUUGUGCUUUAAGUCCCUUUGGCACUUUUAUUCCAUCUGGGACACCCCGCCCCCCGCAUCCGGUUUCAUACUUCUAUUUCCCCCCAAAAUGUGAUGAUCCCUGUCAUUAAUUUGCGUAGUUGUAACAGCAACAAGUGAUGUAAGAAAAUAAGUUUCUCUUAAAUCCUGCUUUCUGAACGCCCUGGGAGCAAACCCCUUUUCUUUUGUUUUGUUUGUCCGUAAAUUGCUUUGGGUUGCCUUUGGCAAGAUAAAGCGACUAACAAAUUUAAUAAAUAAUAAUAAGGUGAUGUCAUUUUUUAAAGCACCUUUUAUCUUCCUGAACCCUCCUUCAGUCUUCUUAGGAUUGCUUUUCCCAAGAGGGGCUGAGUUGGGGCAAAGGUCUCCUUGAAAUUUUGCAGCUGGACCUUUUGCAUGAUAGAAAGGUUUUUGUGGGUUUAGUGGGAGGCGGCUGAUCCCAGAAAAAUAGGCACUGGGUUGCAACCUUGCAACUCAGUCCUCAGAAGUAACUAUUAAGUAGGUGUGCAUAGGUUUGUAAGGUAAAGGUAAAGGACCCCUAGACAGUUGAGUCCAAUCAAAUUUGACUAUGGGGUGCAGUGCUCUUUCAGGCUGAGGGAGCCAGUGUUUGUCCACAGCCAGCUUUUCUGGGUCAUGUGGCCAGCAUGACUAAACCGCUUCUGGCACAGUGGGACACCAUGACAGAAGCCAAAGUGCCUGGAAACGCUGCUUACCUUCCCUCCAUAGCAGGACCUACUGUAUUUUUCUGUGUAUUGGAUGAGGAUUUUUGUCUCAAAAAUCAUGUCAAAAAACCGGGGUUGUCCAAUACACGGAUAGUGGCAUGGCGUGCCGCCAGCCAUUUGGUUGGCAGGAGCAUGGCUUCCCCUGAUGCCACAGCAAGCGGGGAGCGAUCUGGAAGGUGUUUCCUGCCCGCAGCUGCGUGGUGGGGAGAAGCUGCGCACCGCUGGCCAGCUCUUUGAUGGGAGCGCAGAUCCACCCAAUGCCGCUGUGCGUGGGAAGCACUCCCUGGGUCGUUUUCCAUGCGUGGCGGCAUUGUGGGAGGUUGCACUCCUGCAAACCUGAUGGCUAGAGGGAGUGCAAAUUCAUCCGAUGCCGCCGCGUGUGGGAAACGAUCUAGGCUAGGGAGUGUUUCCUGCCCACAGCUGCGUGGGGGGAGAGGCUUGACAACUUUGGGCCAUCUCCCCUCCUUUUCUUAAAAUAUACAAGGGGGCAUCUUAUAAAUGGGAAAGUAUGGUAUUUAUCUACUCUAGCUGGUAUGCUUUCAAACUGCUAGGUUGACAGAAGCUGGGACAAAGCAAUGGGAGCUCAUCCCAUUGCUCAGAUUCAAAUUGCUGACCUUACGAAUAGCAAGCCCAAGAAGCUUGGUGGUUUAGACCACAGCACCAUCCACGUCCCUGCAUAGGUUUGUACUCUGGACUGAAAUGUUGCAGGCUUUGCCAUGUAGGUAGAACUCAUAUUUCCAUGUGAUGAAUGACAGUACGUUCAUCUUUCCCAUUGAUAUUAAAGCAAAAACAGACCACCACAAUGUUUGCCAGCUUCCAGGGAGCUUGACCCAUAGUUUCAAGGUUUGUAGUUGCCCCAUUACAGUUCUUAAGGGAAGUUAAAUGUAAAGAUAAAGGGAUGGGGAGCAGGCAGUGACAGCAUACCCUUUUAUUCUUUUCUGACUAAUGCACAUGUCAGCUAUUUUAGAAGAAUGUAUCUCUGUAGAGCUAAAGCAUAAAUACCAUCUAAUUUCAAUAAAUAUGCCUUGAAUUGUGAAAUAUAUUAAACUGCUAUUUGAACGACAGUCACCUUAUCAGGAUAAACUAAAGGCAUGCACAAUACUCAGGCUGCAACCUGAUGGCUUUGGAGUAGUUAAUAUAGAAUUCCCAAUGCAAAUAUGCAUGGUAUUGUGAAAAGCUUUUGCUUACCUAGUCAGAGGUUAUCACAACUAACUAGGCAGGCCUAGCAAGAACCUAGGUUUCUCAUACUUUCUUCUUCUAGGUUAGUUAUUCAGGAUCUCCAGGGAAAUGAGUUACAUUUGAAGUCUAGGAUGCAAAAGCACGGUGGGCUUUUAUUUUUAUAGGACCCAGCUUACCCAAAAGUAAAGGUUAAAUCAUCACCACCUUUUCCAUCUUGUUCCUCCAGUACAAUAUUUCGCGCGCUCGCGCUCUCUCUCUCUCUCUCUCUCUCUCUCUCUCUCUCUCUCUCAGAAAGAGCUUGUGACUCAAGUAGACACCAAGGCAGGUACAUAAAUAUAUGUCAAAACACAGUGAAAAGAGAUCAGUAAUGUGACACUGGAUAUCAGUUAGAAGGAGAGGUUUGAAAUUUUGAAGUGCAACCUUGCUCUGCCACUGCUUCAUUGAGUCCCAGGCUUGCGCCUCCAUGCUGUGGCUGUUGGGAUCUGAGAUUUCGGAGAUCUGGCAAUUCUAAGGACACAUUCCAGCCAUGCAAAAACAAUAAGAGUGCAAAGCAGGUCUAGUGAGGGAUCUGGCCCAGGAGGGUGUGUGACUUGAGAGUCUGGAGGGCCAGAUAGUCCUGGAGGGCCACAUUUUGCCCCAGACCCUGAGGUUCCCACUCCCUACUAUAUAGCAUCCCUACAAAGUGUCUUUUUCUUGCCUUAAAUGUGUAGUCUCCACAGUGAGUCUACAAUGAAGUAGCUUAAAGGAUCUGCCAAGUCCCAUGCCCUUAUAAAAACGUACAGAAUGCUUUCUGGUUUGAAGUGCCCUAAAUCAUCAAGCUUUUUCUUCAGCUGCUCUUAUUUGAAAUAUUGGGUGGAUUUGGUGUUGUGACAUAUUUGUCAGCAUUGCAGCAUCUUCUAAUAACAUUUAAUAGACAUUUCAAAAGGGGGAGGGCAGUGAAUGGUACUAUAACUUACUUUUGUUGUUGUUUAGUCGUUUAGUCGUGUCCGAUUCUUCGUGACCCCAUGGACCAGAGCACGCCAGGCACUUCAGUCUUCCACUGCCUCCCGCAGUUUGAUCACACUCAUGCUGGUAGCUUCGAAGACACUAUCCAACCAUUUCAUCCUCUGUCGUCCCCUUCUCCUUGUGCCCUCCAUCUUUCCCAACAUCAGGGUCUUUUCCAGGGAGUCUUCUCUUCUCAUGAGGUGGCCAAAGUAUUGGAGCCUCAGCUUCAUGAUCUGUCCUUCCAGUGAGCACUCAGGGCUGAUUUCCUUCAGAAUGGAUAGGUUUGAUCUUCUUGCAGUCCAGGGGACUCUCAAGAGUCUCCUCCAGCACCAUAAUUCAAAAGCAUCAAUUCUUCGGCGAUCAGCCUUCUUUAUGGUCCAGCUCUCACUUCCAUACAUCACUACUGGGAAAACCAUAGCUUUUACUAUACGGACCUUUGUUGGCAAGGUGAUGUCUCUACUUUUUAAGAUGCUGUCUAGGUUGGUCAUUGCUUUCCUCCCAAGAAGCAGGCGUCUCUUAAUUUCAUGGCUGCUGUCACCAUCUGCAGUGAUCAUGGAGCCCAAGAAAGUAAAAUCUCUCACUGCCUCCAUUACUUUAGAUAACAUUAUUUGUACCAUAUUGCAUCUCCUUCCUGGCCCCAGUAAAACUUGUGCCUAUCCUAUUGUCUUCUUACUACAGACUAUACUGAAAGAGUCAACAGCACAGACUGCCUCUUGUUGUCCAACUCUGCCCACCAAAAAUGAGGAAGGCUUUGACUCAUUUAGUAGCUACUUAUAACGAAGAGUCUUGAGGCACCUUAAAGCUUUAGCUUUUGUGGACUACAGUCCACUUCACCAGUUGCAUGAAAUGUUAUCCGGAGCUGUAUGCAUAUCUAUCCAAGCAUGCGUAAUGGGGCAGGUGGUGGUAUAAACAGUGAGGUCAGAAGGAAAUUAAAUGCAGUAAAGUACAGAGAGUAACAGUCAUUAGUGGCUGUCCACAAAAAAACCCAGUUAUUGUUGAUACAGAUGUCCAGGCAUUGGUGAGCCAAUUAACACAUGACAGAAAUCUUUUGUCUCAGUUAAAUUCACAAAUGAGAGCAUGAAACCACUUGAUGAAUUGCAUUGCGGGGGGUUGGACUAGAUGACCCUUGGGUCCUUUCCAACUGUAUGAUUCUAUGAACUGUGGUUCCUUUGCAAAUCUCCCCUUGAAGUUCCUUUGUUUAAGGUACAAAGGAACAUUUUUUUCGUAUUGCCACCUGUGAUGUCAGAUUAGUGCCUGUUUAUUGUUUUGUGUAAGGACAAGCCUGUUCUGUGUAGUGUGCAGAAGGGCAUUGUUGGCAGAUGAUAGCAUGUAUCACAUUGGAAAUUGAGCACGUGAAUGAACCACUGAUAUUUUGGAAUUCAUUAUUUGGUUGCCAGCAUGGCUGUAGCGAGGGGUGGGGGUUCAGCUGCUCCCCCAUAAAGUAAAUAAAUAAAAAUACUUAACUAAAAGUGGAAAUAAUCAGAAUAUUGGAAAUUGAAAUGUUCACUGAGGUCACUUGGAUGAUGUUGUGAUGCAUUCUACCAACACAACUGGCAACCUGACUGAGUGAUAGGUGUGGCUUCUGCAAACUGACCAAUCAUGUUGCAGGUAGCUCGGUUCUGGAAGCUUCUCAUAGUUUCCAGGAUUUUCUCCUGAGAGUGUGCACCUGCAAGGCCUGUCAACUGGAAGUUUCCCACAGGCUAUUUAUAACUCAUUACCUGGACACUUUAGUGUCUUUGAUAGAGCAUCAUUUCUCACCUGCUUUUCCACUUCUGGCCCUACAACCCUGUAUCAUGUUGGAGAUGACCCUUCAAGAUGGAAGCCAAGCAGUUCUUAUCAGUUGCAAGACUUUGACUGAAGCUGAACUCUGGGACACCAUGUGGAAGGAGAAGAAACUCAGCAAAGAGCAGUCCUAGUAAAAGAGGCAGAAAGCUUUUACUCUCCUACAAAAAGGCUCUGAUCCCUCUUGUACUGUAAGGUGAUCAUUCAGUACCUCACAGAGAGCAAAGACCUGGCUAAGGUCGACAGUGGCAGGAGAGUCUCAAUGGGAUAUGCUUACUGAGUGUGCACAGAAAAACUGCAUCAGAAAAAAGGAGAAAUUUGAGAAGGAAGUGCUGAAAAGGUUUUCAGCAAAGCCAAGAAAACUUGUUUUACUUUAGAUUUUUAAAAAGUAAAAUGAAAUAUAUGUGUUCUUUGUAAUUUUGUAAAAUAUAAUCAUUAACUGCAUGAAAGAUCCUCCCUGAUGUUAAUUUUUUAUUUGACUUCCUAAUUUUCAAAUGAAUGAAGAUUUUGACAGAUUUUUCUGAGCAAAAGAAAAGUAAUUUCAAACAACUGCCAUAAGAAAUUAAUUUAAAACAACUGUUGUUGAGACAUUUCAUUCCUAAUCUGCUAGACAGAGCCAGACACAGGAUGACGACAGGUGGGUGUACUCCCCCCCGCCCGCCCACCCCACAUAAAUUCUGGUUAUACCCGUGGUUGCCAGGGUAGUUACAGGGACCCUACAGUUUUGUCCAGAGAUAUUAGCCCCCUUUUGCAUCUUGUGGGUUGCAGUAAACUUGAGAGAGGAGCUUGUAAGUGGGAGUCUGCUGAUACAAAGGAAUAGCAUGAUACAAAGAGCUGCUUACCCACCUUCUGGCUUCUGCCAGGCAUUGUGAACACUUUUUAAAGGCCCUCUUUCACCGCCCAGUAAAAAGGGCCACAAGUAUGCUUUUAAAACACCCAAUCAGGAUGACUUGUUUGGUUCCGGGGUCAAUAUAUAGCAGACUUCUGUGGCAAUUGUGCACUGUGCAGAUUAAUAAUAAUAAUAAUAAUAAUAAUAUUUUUUUUUUAUACCCCGCCCUCCCCAGCCAAGGCCAGGCUUAGGGCGGCUUACAAGCAAUAAGAAAAACAAGUUGAAUGAUUACAACUUAAAAACAAAAUUAAAAUACAUUAAAAUAUUGAAACAUUAAAAUAUUAAGAAGUUUUAACACCAGAAACACCAAGGUGGAAAAUAGUGCCCUUGUGAAGUCUUUUCACCCUCAUCCUCUUGACACAGUGCUUCACAUCACAGCAUCAGUGAAUUAGCAUUUCCUGUAGAAGUAUUAAAAAAAUACAGUCCUAAUCCUAGUGAACAAUAUUUAUAUCUCAUAACAGAAGCAUAUUUUUGGCAAGCUCAAAAAUGACAACCCCCCCUCCCAGCAAUGAAGUUAGAAAUGAUAAUUGAAUGGACAGGUACUUUAUGAAUAAAUACAGAUAUUUAUUGGAAGAUGUGAUCACUCUUGAGAGUUUGUAACACAGUCAAGCUGAGAUUAGAAUCUGUUCCAGCAUCCCUGGAGAAAAUAGCAACCUGAAUUCCUGAAGCAAAGCAAAGCAAAUAUUCACUAAAUGGUGUUCAUAAAUGUUUGAGAGCUAAAUUUUGUUGCCAGAUGUAUAGUGGCUUUCACUAUUGUGUGUGUAGGCAGUCAAGCAGCAAACUGACAGCUCUGAAUAGAAUUUGCUUAUCCCAAGAAUUGCAGAGUAUGUGUUGCUCAGUAAAUACUGUUUACUGUUUUAUACUUAACUUAACAUUUAGAGGUUUCAGUAGCAGAAAGCUCUGAAGAUGACUACCAAUAUGAAGAGGUAAGAGACGUUAACACAAAAGUUGCAACCUAUUUUAUUUUUAAGUACAAAUUUUGAUAUUGAUAUGACAGAGAAAUAGAAUUUAUUUUAUUGUUAGCCACAAAAAAUAGUCUUACAUACUUUAUUAUUUAUAAAUGAAGGGCAAGGUCUAUCCCAGAACUAGGGUGAUAUCUGGUUUUCAACAUUGUGCUAUAUCACCAGCUAAACAUUGCGAUAUACCGAUAUAUCACAAUGUCUGAAAUAAGGAUGGAGCUAUGUAGAGGCAUUGGCUGGCUUCAUGGUUUAUCCGACAUCUUGAUUUUUGCCAGUGCCUGUUCUUGUGAUUCGCUGCCCCUUGUGUGAGGCAGCGGAGAGCUGAGCCGGCUGCAGGAAUUGAGAGAAGCGUUGGCUGGUUUCACUGUUUUUCUUACAUUGUGAUUUUUGCAUAGCGUGCACGCACACACACACUUCAACUUCAACAUCAUCAUCAUUAUUCGUGAUAUAUUGCCAGGUCAAAAAUUAUGAAACCGAUGUCACAAUAUGAACUUCAAACCUACUUACAAGACAUGGGAUUCUACGGAUCCCUAUUUUCACACACACCUUUUGUGCCCACACAGAUUAGAAGGUCUCUGUGCACUGUGUAUCUUCUUUAUCCUCCAUCCUGCCCUCCCUCUUGCCCAGAUGUAAUUUACUUAAACCCUAAACUCAGUAGAUCUGACUAGGACAAAAUGUGAUAAAAGUAUACACUGAACUGAUCUUCUGAUCCUGUAAAGGUUUUGUUUUGUUUUUGGUUCACUGCAUACUGAUGUGGAGAGAGGAGAAAACAAGGCCUGGUGUGGUUUUUCACAAGUGCUGUGCCUGGUUUUAUUUUAUUCUUUUGCAAUUCUUUUUUCUCCUUAACUUUAUAUUUUGGUUUCUAAAAAGACAUAUAACGAACAAUCCCCAUUCCAUCCAUUUAAAUGUAAAUAAUACAGUCAAACAUUAAGUAAGUUUGUAAAUAAUCUGGAAAUAGAAUUGGCCUGAUUUAGGAUAGAAAAUGUCUGAAUGUUUUUAAUCUUAUUCUUGCACAGUUGGUGCCUGAAAAAAAUAGUAUGUUGUAUCACUGAAACGCUGGUGACUUUACGCAGAAAUUUGUUAAUUAGUACUAUCUUAAUUUAAAAUCAGUUAAAUGCAUCUGGUUAAUCCAUUCUGGGAUAGUACUGGCCACUUGGUGCCUGAAUGUUCAACUUAUAUUUUCAUAGUUGCAAGUCUACAUUUAUGUAUGCAAGUGCACAUAAUUUGUAAUGUACCAUUGAUUCUGUUUAUCCCAAGUAAUUUAUAGGCAUUCUCACACUGAAAACAGUGCAUGCACUUUUAUACUUACGUGUCCAUGAAAAUGAAAGAUAAUAAGAAAUAUCCUGCUUAUAGUUUUUCCAUUUAUUCCUGCUGAAUAGUAAAAACAUCCAUGUAAAAUUGCUCAGGGACAGGACUCUGAUGUGAACCAAAUCCUACUGAUGCCACAGAUAAAUAUGCUCAGUGACUUCUGAACUUCGGGUAAAACUAUGGUCUAGAGUACGCUCUCACUUUUAAUAUCCCAUGAUUUGGUACACAUUUCUAGAACAGUAAUUUCAUGUAGACUUUGAUCCAAAGCAACGUAUGUGGAGAAGUUGUAUUCUCAUGCAAAGGAAAACAUUACAGGCAUUUUUGUUCAUUUACCAAGUUCGCCUGUACAAAAUUGGCAACAGUCUUUAAUUGACAGAAACAAACAAACAUAGUACUCAUUAAACUGGCAACCAAGUGUCCUGAUCUAGAAUAUCGUGUAUAUAUUGCAUUUGAAUAUGGAGUUCUCAGCUCAUUUAAAUAGAUGGACCUUAUAGCUUCCCCAUCCCAUAAAUACUUAUGUAGAUUGGGUCCCCUGAUGAAAAUGAAUAAAGAAGGUAUAUUAGUUAGGGGUAUUAAGAUAUAAGGAAAUAUCUUAUACUGAAUCUGAUCUCUGGCCUGUGCUGUCUAGCAAUACCUCUGCUGGGGUUUCAGAUUUUCCUAGUUCUAUCACCUAAGACCCUUAUUUAGGUAGAGACAUGACUAAACAAGUAAACAACAACAAAAACGAAAUAAGUCUAAGUGAUACUCAGAGUAGACUCAUUGAAAUUAUGAUCUUUAGUUAGUCAUGCACAUUCAUUUCAGUGGGACUAUUGUGAGUAUGAUUUAGUUGGAUACAGCCCUGAAGCAGGGAUCUGACAUAUACAAAAAACCAUUCCAUUGCUGAAUUGUGGCAAAUAGAUUAUAUAAUCUUGGGGAUUGAAACAGUUUCCCUCAACUCAGUGGAUGUGCUCAUUGUAUAUGUAUUUAUAAUUCUGUCUUAGGUACCAGCCGACGAUGAAUUUAGCCUGCAAGAUGGUGAUGAAGAUCUGGCAAAGGCUUUAUACACUAUACAGGAACAGGCUGUUGAUGCCCAAAUUAUGGUAAAUAUGUUGUUUUUCAAAAUAUGUGACUACAUUGAUUCAUAUGACUUUACAGUUAUUAAUGUAAUAUGCAUGUGAGUGUGGUGGUUAACGGAAUGUUACAGCAAAUGCAUUAUUAUUCAAGACUAAUGUGAGAGAGAGCAGAGAACUUCUAGAUUGAAAAGGGUGACAUUAUGUUACAUCUAAGUGGCAAAACUGAACCAAACUAAGUAGUUUAAUCGCACCCCCGUUUUCAAAUUUUACAAUAGUGUUCAUAAUGAAAGCUGAAAUAAACUUGGCAUUUUCUAUAUUUCAUAUUCAGAUAUGGUGACUUAUCAUCUGGUUGCAAUAAAAAUAAUGGGCAUCUAGUGGGAAUAAAUCCAGUGCAGCUGUCAUGCAAUUUACAUGUUAUUGGACAGUUUCAAAACACUUUCUUAAGGCAGGCUAAAGCCAUUUAACAUUCCCAGUGGAAAUACAUUCCUUUGCAUGUCAGACCUCUAUGCUUUACUGCAACUGCUUCUGAAACUGCCCUAAGUUUCAACAGAGAUGCUAUUAAAGGAAGGGAGCACAUGCAACCUGAAAGUGUUUCUUUUGAUCUAGGACAUAAAUUAUAUAGAAUCUGUGAGUUGUGUGCAUGUGUAAUUAUAUAUAUUUAAAAGGAACAGAUAAAAAUGAGCCAACAGGGGUAAUACUCAAGUCUCAUCUCAAUGAAGGUGUUAAGUGAUCCUUAAGCUCCUUUUUCCUUUCAACUGAUUCUAUUUUUACUUUUGCAACAUAGGCCCCAAUUCCUUUCAGAGGGCGCACACACUUCUUUUGAAAAUCAUGGAAUUUAAAAGUAGUGGCUUGAAGAGUGGUACAGAAGAACAGGAAGAAAAAGGCCAAAAGCCAUGCUGUGUGCGCACAAUCAAGCUCUCUGUUGUAGUCAUAAACCCUGAAAAGCAGAAGUAUUUUAUCAAUUUCCGAGCUAUUGGAGUAAUUGUUUACUGCACAGUUAAUGAUUACAAUUAAUGACGAGAAGUUCAUUAUGGAAUGUAACUAUGUGUAGAUGCAUGCUGUAUUUGGAUUUGGUAACUCUGUAAACCUUCCUUUUCCCCAAGGGCAACUUUGUAUUUCCCUUUAUUUUGUUCUAGCCACUGUGUUUUCUUGUUUUGAAACUUUUUGGAGUUUAUUGUAAUCCAGGUUUCCUCAUAUGUAAAAACAGAUCAAAUCAACAUUUUAAAAGUGAAACUGGCCCUCUUUACAACUCCAUGGAAGGAGAAGGGAGGAGUGCAUGAGUGCAAUGUUUUGCUUGGGCUCACUGCAGCUUGUGCAUGUAAAGCUAACCAUAGCUUAAUAUUACAUGCAAACAUAGUCAGUGGGUAAAGAUCAAGACUGCUGGACCAGGGAUGACUGAAAAUAAAAGCAAAGGCUAGAUAAAUUAAUAUAUCAUAGCAUAGUAUAAAUUUUUGGUGAUCCAAAUGUUAUUACUUUGCUUGAAAUAUGUUUGGGAAGGUUUUACCCAGAAAGGUGGUAUAUUAUUAUUUACAAUAAACAAACAAAUAAGUAAAUAAUACUUAAUGGCAAUUGAACCAGUGUCUUGACUAACUGUAUUAUUUUCAGGUUCAGUUUGGAAUUGUUUUUUCAUAGCUUUACAACUCAAAGACGUGUCUGUCUUCUUAUAGAAACAGGGUCAGUUAUGUGUAGCUGGCUAACAUGGUGCUCAUUUGGGCUUCAACAAAGUGGUUGGAUGUGUGUUUUGAUGUGGCUAUAACAAUAAAUACCCCACCCAGAGCCCCUAGUUGUUGAAUGAAACUAGUUAUAUGUUGUUGGAACUAGAUUCGGGUUAGUUAUUACUUUAAGGAUAUAGUCCUGUGCAUAAACACUUGGAACUCAGUGGUGUUAGACUUGUGAAGUCAGUUGGCCCAUAAUCUGUUACACUGGGCCAACCAUCUGUUGUUGAUUCUUCAUCACACGUCAGUCUCUGUGAUCAGCAGAGUAUGCAAAGCUCCAGCAGACUCAUCCAGUGUUAGCUCACCAUGCUGUACUGUCACCAUAUAGCAUGUAACCUUCAGCUUCACCACUGAUACCGCACACUUAACUAAUGCUGGUGAAUGCAGCCUUUGCUUUAUACCCACCAUUGCACUUAUGCACAUUCCUUAGAGAACGGGAAGGUGGAUGAGUAAUACUUUAGGCCUUCUGGCCUUAGGCUGCUUCUAAAGCAGAAUCCAGAUGUGGAGGUCGGGCAACUCAAGACAUGGACCAAGAAGUUAGUGCAAUUUCACUCAUUCUUCUAAAUUACACCAACAAGUGGGAUUUCCUUCUGUGUAAAGAAGCUGCAUAGCAACUGAGCAGUAGUAUAUCAUCCCACUAUGCUGGUUGAGCACAUUAUGUAGGAGGCAUGAACCAAAACCAAGAGAAAUUCCUGACAGUUCCCAUAAAGUUUCCCUAAUAUGCCAGACCAUGAUAAUUAAACUGCUAUAGUUGUCUUGUGCUGUAAUUUAUGUGAUAAAGAAUCCAACUGGCCUGUGAUUGAAAUGUGCUUUCUUGAAAGCAAUAAUGAGGCAAACAGGUAGGCUAUAUUUCUAACAGUUGCUCUUGAAUUUUAUUUCUAGGCUCAGCGACCAGGUCAGAUUGCUAAACAUUCCUUGUCUGAAACGCCAGAAGUUGUAGAUGACUUUCUUUGCAAUUUCCUGAUUAGAAUGGGGAUGAACAGGACACUAGACUGCUUUCAAACUGAAUGGUAUGCCUUAAAAAAAAAAAAAAAGUAUUCCAACUACAAACCUGCAGAAAUAAAUAUGUAUGACAUGUUUUGCAUCCUGAUAGGCAAAUAAAGAGGCAGACAUGAGGUUGAACUGUGCCACUUUUAUUUAAACCUUAAAUUAUAAUCAGCAGAGGGGAAUGACUAUGGGGCAGGAACUAACUUCACUGUAUAUAGCCAUUGGGCUUCCUAGACUGCCCAGAUUCCUGGGCCACAUCCUGAAGGUGGUAAGGGAGGCCUUUCCUUGUCACCCCCCUCCAGGACUGCAGAACCCUAGGUGGAUGAGGGGGUUUGGUCUCAAAGAAGGCCCCUAUCUCACCCUCCGAACUGCAGAGUCUGAAAAGUGAGCCUUGGGGCCGAUUCAUCACCUGAAAGACACCUAAGGGGCAUCACCAGGCUUAAGCAAACUAUCCCCCCCCCACCUAAACUGCCCAAAGUGAUGAAAUCCAUCUAGCAUUCUGUCAGUGCGAAGUAGGCAAAAAACAAAUCUACGAUCACCUUGGGAAUGCAUCAAUUGGUACCAAGGAUUUUCCUGCUCAGCCUCUCUUGUUCAACAGCCCGCAAAUAAGCUCAGCCUUCUGGAACCAUCUAGGCCAGGCAUUGGCAAACUCGGCCCUACAGAUGUUUUGGGACGACAACUCCCAUUAGCUAGGGAUGAUGGGAGUUGUCGUCCCAAAACAUCUGGAGGGCCAGGUUUGCCUAUGCCUCAUCCAGGCCUUUUUGCUGAGAGUUUUUAUGGCAAAUUAUAACUUUUGGAAACCUUAAGUAUUAAUUGUUGUCUUUAUUUUUUCAUAAUAGGACCUUUCCCCAAUGUGAGUGCACAUUUUAAGCCUGCGUACACACUUCAUUUACUGCUAAGUAAAACACAAACAUUUUUAAAGUGCGAAGACCAUAACAUUAUUUUUAAAAUGUCAAGCCAAUUUUCAGUGUUUCCGCCCUAUUUGUUCUGCAUCCUGAACCAAGUGGUUAAGACCCAGAACUGUAUAGUCUGUUUUCAAAUAAGUGUCUGGAUGAUCUAAAUUCUAAAAUCAAUGUAAUUAUGUUAAUUCAGCAGAUAUAUGCUUCUUUGCUUAUUUUUCAUAAGUUACUCAGUUUUGGCUUGCCAUUGGGUGGAAGGGACAAAAGAUAGAGCGGGACACCUAACCACUGAAAAUGUUACUCAGCUCUCCCUGUGCCUAGCUUUUAAAGUCAUAUUUCCCCACAUUUUGAAACCUAUUUUUGUGGCCUAUAUCUUUGAGAAUGACACAUAUAUGCUAAUCUGUGACUUACAAUGCAUGAGCUAUUUGACAAUGUCAAUAAAUAUUAAUUGUUCGCCUUGGUGUUGAGGUGGCUAUAGUUCCACACAAGGUAUUUUGACAGCAAACUGACUACCAGGUACUUAGGAACCACAGAGCCUGGUGGCGCAGCCAGCCCUGUGCUCAUGGGUGUAUCCAGAAUUUAUUUUAGGGGGACAGGCUUUAUGUUUGGAGGCAGAAGGGAGUUAUCUGUGACACAGUUGGUCAGUUAGUUAAGUAUUUUUAUUUAUUUACUUGAUUUAGAGGGGCAGCCGCCCUCCUGUAUUCUCAUGCCUAUGCACUUUUGAAAGCCCCCAAGCAGAGGGCUGGCCAAACACAUUUUUCUCCCCCCUCCCCAGAGCAGAAAAAAGUUUUAUUUUAAUUCAAACCUUUUCCUCUACAGAGGGGGAAAUACUCUGUUUUUCAAAAGUUCUAUUGUUUUUCUGUAUUUCUAUGAGACUAUUAUCUUUUAAUAAUGUUUAGAAUGUUGAACAAGAAACUGGGAGACUAGGGUUCAAAUCCUCAUUCAGCCAGGAAACUAAUUGGCUCACGUUGGAUUAGUAGUCAUAGUCAUUCAGCCCAACGUACUUCAAUGGGUUUUUGCAAGGAUAAAAUGGUGAGGGGGGGAAACUGUGUACAUCACCUCGAGCACUUCAGAGGAAAGGUGGGAUAUAAAUGUAGUAAGUAAAUUAAUAGACUACUUUGAGUCUGAGGGUGCACACAUAGACAGGUGAUUUCUUGAUUAGUGUUUAUGGUAUUAAAGCAUCAUGUUUAAUGGUUUGUGAACUGAUGCCCUAAACAUGUAUUUUAUGAAUGUUUUUAAAUUGCAUUUACAUUGUUAAUUAACAUCAUUAAUAACUGAAAGUAAAUUACAUUUAUCACAUUUUCUUUGUACAAGUAUCUUUCUCUUGCUAAUAUACAGUAGAUCCAUGCUGUGAUCAAACUCUAAUGGGAUUCAAAAUGAGAAAAUAAUUAAUGCUGAGAAAGUUGAUUCAUUUGCACCUAUAAGAGCUCAGCUCAUUUAUUAAAUGACCUCUUAGAUAUGAAAGCCUGUUUAAGAAUUAAUCUUUAAUUAAAUUAGGCAAGGUAAUUAAUGUGUUUAUCUCACAGCUUGAGAAUUCUGAGUAUUUUGAGUAUCUAAUUUUAUAUAAAAGUUUCAUCUUUUAACUUUCAGUUUGUUUUAAUAGAGGAAUAAAACCAAAGUAUGAACCAAUUAGAAUAUUUUCUUUAUAAAAUGAGUGGUAUAUUGCAUAAAUUCAGUUUUUUGUCAUUUGUACAAAUCUAUAUUUUGCAGUUUAAGACUAUACAUGGAAAUUUACCUAUGUGUUGUAAUGUUGAGCUUUACAUUUCUGUGGAUGGGGGUGGACCAAAGCAAAGCCUGCUCUACUCUGGUCUUCUCCCAAGCCCUGCCUACCCAUCCUGGCCUGACUGGCCCAAAUUCAAAUACCGGGCUGACAGGAAGGUCCACCAGCCAACUGCCGGCCACCCUGCCCAGCGUUGCUUACCCAGGAUUUGGGCCUACUCCAACGGGCCACAACUGCGCCCACCCCCAGGAGUGGGUGGGCAGCCAUUUCUAUGGAUUGACAAAAUUCCUGUCACAUCAGACCCAAAGAAUGAUGCCUUAGGGUUGAUAAACUCUGCAAGAACAGCCCUGCUAAAUCAGACGAAGCGCCUACCUAGUCUAGCAACCUCUUUCUCACAGUGAUGAAUCAUGUGCCCAUCAGACACCACAAGCAGGAAAUGAGGACAAUAGCCCCCUUCUGCUGUUCUUACCUGACUCUUACUCAGUAUAAGUACCAUAUUUUUCUGGAUAUAAUAAUUCCCCCCCGAUUUUCCUGUAUUUCCCCCCCAUGUAUAAGACUGUUGGGAAUCAAGCCUUUAUCAGGAGAAACUGGCAACUCUCCAGACACCCAGCUUGAUCUCCUGUUGACCUCCCUGUCUGCAUUCCCCAGCAGGAUACAGGCUAGGUCGCGAUAGGCGAUUCUUCUCGGCGUGAGAAGAACACCCCCCCUCUUUCCUGCCCCCCCCCUCCAGGCAGGGGAAAGAGAUAGACAGAAACGUAUUCACAUUCCUUUAUUUCUGUCUUUGCAGCAUUACAAAAGCAUGACUGCUCUCUUCAAGCUCCAGCAGUCGAGAGAGAAAGACUUCCUGUACUAGAACAAAAGGAAGAGCUUAUAUUACACUCUGAGCUAAUUCCGGUGCUUCGCACUGUGAAUUGACUGUCCCUCUGUUUCCCACGGAACAGUCCUAACAUUCCAUCAUGUGCUGUUUUCAAGCUAGCAGCUCGCGGCUGCAUUGCUUCUGUAUCGUAACAAAGACAACCCCUGUUUUUUUGAACCCAAACUUAAGACAACAAAACCCUAAAAUAGAUUGGCAUUGUUGAGCUUUUUGGGGCAAGUGCCCUCUAAGUUUGCAUCAUGAGGUGCAGUGUCUGGGGCACCACACACUCCCCCUCGGUGGCAGAGGCUCCUGCUGCAAGGGAGCCAAGGGGCAGGAGGCUCCCGAGCAGGUCGCCAAGGCAGAGCCCAGGGAAGGCGGCGCCCACGCUGCCACCAGAUUUGCAAGAUUACGCUAUGUGUUGUGUGUAGAAAUGUUGUAUUUGUGAGAAGGGCUGGAAUAGAAGGCUUAGAAGAGGGAGGAGUGCAUUCGAGAGUCUAUAGGUAAAGGCUGAAGAAUGUGCUAAAUGAAGGAAUCUUCCUUUUUUAUUGUUACGUUUAUAUUCCACUUUUCCUCCAAGAUACAUGGUGUUCCUCUUCCCUGUUUUAUUCUCCACACUUCCUUAUUUUUUUCCCCAGCUGCCACUUUGUGCUUUUCUCUCCCAACCCAUAAUAGUCCUGAUUCUUCUGUCCCUUUACCCAGUUUCCUGAUCCUCAGUCCUUGCAUUUAGUUUUCAAGAAAGGUUGGACUCAUCAAAUCAUCGCAAGUGUUCUGCAGCUUCAGCUUGAAACCCAGUGCAAAGGGCAGCCUAAAACUACACCCCACCCCUUGCCGCCUGAGUCCCUUGCACAUUACUGUACCUUUGGUGGAAUCUUUGUAAGGGCCUUCUGGGAAAGUCAGAGGUUUUAUGAGACUCAAGCCCUCUUAGUUAUUCUACUAAUGUGUAAAACCAGCACAAGAAUGGUGGCUAAGCAUGCUAAGCUCGAUGCCCUGUUGUCAUCCCCAGCACCCACCAUGAGUUGGAGAGAAACUUCUAAACUUUGGCACACAGUUUUGAACCCGUCUAAAUUGCACAAGGAGCCUCAAAUGUUCAUCCUCCAACUCAUGAUGGGUGAUAGAGAUGGAGACAGGACCUAGUUCAGCAUGCUUCUUCCUCACUUUCCCUGCUUGCAUAUUGAUUUUUAAGUGAGUGGAAAGCCUGGAAAGGGCUUCUCUUUGCCAUGCAGUGUUAUUGCUUCUCCAGAAAUUGUGCACCAAGUGAGAAUACUCAAGCCACCAGGUUCUCUGCACAUACUCUGCUGGAGAUGUGUUGCUUUGAGUGUCAGCUUUUUCAUAAUCAUCAUAACUAUUUCACAUAUUGCUUUCCAGAUCCCAUAGCGCUUCACAUGUAUUUCUAGUUGUUGUCUUAGUGACAACCUUGUAUGGUAAAAUCAGUAUUAUCCCCCAUGUUGCAGAUGGGGAGGACUGAGGCUGAGUGUGGCUUACAGAAGACCACCUCAUGAGAUCUUGGUAGAAGUUAGUUUCAAACUGGAAGCUUCCUGAUUCAUAGCUCUUAGUCACUUUGUACACCAGCUCAGCUUCCUUUCACUUAGAUGAAAUCCUAUGGCCAGAGCUACACCACCUUCCCUAAAGAAACUUAACAGGCCUUAAAAUCCUGCUUCAACCAGGAAGUGAACACACUUAUUUUCAAAUGAUUUCAACUUUUAGACUUGCUGCUGUGUUUGUUUUAACAUAUUGCUUUAAUAUUUUCUUCCCAUUUAAUGCAGCUUUUAUGCCUUUCGUAUACAUUGAUUUCUAGGGACAUGGGUGGCGCUGUGGGUUAAACCACAGAGCCUAGGACUUGCCAAUCAGAAGGUUGGCGGUUCGAAUCCCCACGAUGGGGUGAGCUCCCAUUGCUCGGUCCCUGCUCCUGCCAACCUAACAGUUCGAAAGCACGUCAAAGUGCAAGUAGAUAAAUAGAUACCGCUCCGGCGGAAAGGUAAAUGGCGUUUCCGUGCGCUGCUCUGGUUCGCCAGAAGCGGCUUAGUCAUGCUGUACGCCGGCUCCCAAGGCCAAUAAAGCGAGAUGAGCGCCGCAACCCCAGAGUCAGUCACGACUGGACCUAAUGGUCAGGGGUCCCCUUUACCCUUUACCUAUACAUUGAUUUGGAUACAAUCAGCAGAGAUGUGUCUGCCUUCAUGAUGAGGUUCCAAGAAGGUCAAAAGCAGUGCAAAUUGUCCACUACCUACUUUAAGGCAAAAUUAGAGUGGUGCUGGCUUCAUUUAAAAGAUGAAUGAAUUCUGGCUCCGUCCCUGUGUUCUUUUAAUACAAUCGCUGACUCUGUUAUUACUUCCAGAAUUGUAGUCUGCUUGUAACUGCUUAUACAAGCCUAGAACAAGAGCAAAUAAAAUUUUGCACAAAAUAGUUAGCAUUCAACACCCACCCACCCCAAUAAUAUGCUUAUAAGUUUUUCAGUGUAUUUUAACUAUGUAUUUGUUCUGUUCUGACUUUUGAAGGGUGCUGGGGGUGCUGCAGUUUCAGAAUCUAAUUAAUUUUUAUCUCCUGUCAUUGAAGCUUUUGAUACUUUGAUCUGGAGGUCAGGCACAGCAUGUAUAAGAGCAAGUUACUGUUUCAUUCUGAAAGCUGAAUAAGAGAAUCAUAAAGUUGGAAGCAAUCCCAAGGGUCUAGUCCAACCCCCCACAAUGCAGGAAUCCCAACCAAAGCAUCCAUGACUGAUGGCCACUGCUUAAAAACCUCCAAUGGAGAGUCUACAUACAACCUCCUGAGGGAGUCCAUUCCACUGUUGAACAGCUCUUACUGUCAGAAUGUUCUUCCUGAGGUUUAGUUGGAAUCUCCUUUCUUGUAACUUGAAGCCAUUGCUUUGAGUCCUACCCUCAAGAGCAGCAGAAAACAACCUUGUUCACUCUUCCAUGUGACAACCCUUAGUAUAUUUGAAGAUGUAUAUCACAUUCUCAGCCUCCUCCUUUCCAGGCUAAACAUACCCAGCUGCUUCAACUGUUCUUCAUAAGGCUUGGUUUCCAGACCCUUGAUCAUCUUGGUUACCCUCCUCUGCACAUUCAAUAUCCUUUUUAAAUGGUGGUGCACAGAACUGGACAUAGCAUUCCAGAUGUGGUCUGACCAAGGCAGAAUAGAGUGGCCCUUGAUCUGGGCACUAUAUUUCUGUUAAUGCAGCUGAGAAUAGUAUUAGGGUUUUGUUUGUUUUUUGCUGCUGCACCGCACUGUUGACUCAUGUUAAGCUUGUGAUCCACCAAGACUCCUAGAUCCUUUUCACAUGUACGACUGGCAAGCCAGGUGUCUCCAUCUUAUAUUUGUGCAUCUGGUUCUUACUGCCUAAGUGCAGCACCUUGCAUCUGUCCCUAUUGAAAUUCAUUUUGUUAGUUUGGGCUCAGUUCUCAGUUUAUAAGUAUAAAAAAUGGCAUUUUAAGAGCUCUUGUAGUAACCUCUUUGUUCCUAGGAAUCAAAGACUUGAAUGUGUGAACUGUUUCAGGAUCCAGUUUAGAAGUCUUUACAUAGCAGUGGUAUAAGGGGAAAAUGUGUCUCCUGCCCUGUAUUUUGUAUGGUUGGGCUUAGUUCAGUCUUGCAUGGUGUGCCUUUUUAAAAAACAUUAAAAAGUGAUCUGAACAUGACAACAGUGUUACAGAGUCCCUCCCCUCAUUCCAGACCAACAACCUCCCACUUGGUUGAAAAUAUUGGCUCAAGAGCGUGUGUUGCAAAAUGUGUUGGACAAUGAUUUUUGUGACAGUCCCAUCGUUAUCAGAAUGGCCACCUGCCCCAACCCCAGACACUCCUAACAUAGCUAUUUAAAACCCACAGGGCAGCAUUCUUGAGGGCCUAUCAGCCAAUUCAGGAAGGGAGACUAUUGGGCAGUGGGAUGAUUGGAACACCAAUGGAAUUUGUGAUCUGUCUCUCUGGUCCAACACAAGGUACAAACUCAAACCCAGUACCCGAGUGAACUGAUCUCCUGGUGAGGCAAAAUAGCAUCUUUGCUUCCCUUACCCUCCCCACCUAUUUUUGAUCCUGAACUAGAUAACAUAGACAGAGAAAGUUGGGUCAGAUCCUGAGGGUCUUCUAGUCCAAGCCCCUGCAAUGCAGGAAUAUGCAGCUGUCCCAUAUGGGGAUCGAACCUGCAACCUUGGUGUUAUCAGCACCACACUCUAACACUCUAACUAAGCUAUCCAGACCCACAAAGAUCAGUUCCACCCAGCUCAUUUCCUCAGGUCUUGGUGACACAGGCCAGCUCAGCCUGCUCAUCCUAGCUUAAAUCAUGGAUGAUAGUUUUCAUGGAUGACCUGGAAUAACCGGUCAACAGCAGCUCUACUUUGCUACAGGGCAGGUUAACAAGGCAGCCCCAAACCUGUUGGUUGGUAGAAGGGAUAGUUCUUCAUCUUAAGUAGAAGCCCUAUUCUGGACCAGCUGCAGUUUCUGCAUCAUUUUUCAAGGCAACUUCAUGUACAACACAUUGCAAUAAAACUAAAAGGGAGGUUACUAGACUAUGGUGAACUGUGACCAAGCUAUUUCCAUUUAGGUAUGGUCAGCAGAAGCUGAUAAAAAAGCAACAACUUUGAGCCACCGAGGCAUUGAGACUCUAAUGACAGUGCUGGUUCAAUGAACACCCUAAACUGUGACAUGUUUUAAUUUUAAUGCAUUUCUUGCUAAGUGUUCCCUUUCCCCUUGGAUUUUCUAAAGCAAUGACAACAAUAUUGUAAUAGCUUUCUAGAAAGAGGAAGUAUAUUGUAUUUUAACCUAUGAGUCUCCUGCUGUGUUUAACAUUCCCAUCAAGUAGUAAACUCUAUUUUGAUCAGUCUACAACUGGGCGCUCCACUCAUGGAUCUUUCUAAUCCUUGUGGCCAGGAAGAGAGGGAGAAAAAGAAACACUUUUCAUUUUAAUUUCAGGUAUGAGCUAAUGCAGAGAGGUAUACUUGAACCUAAAGACAUUGGAUUUGUUCCAGAUGCAUACACCUGCAAUCAACAUUUGGAAAGGGAAAACAAAUAUCUCAAGAAGGAAAUGGAGAGCUAUAAAAUAGCAGCCAAGUAGGUUUUUGUUAUUGUUAAUGGGUCUUCUGUUGUUCACCUGGGGAAAGAUCCUGCUGAAUUAACCACAAUUUCUGUUAAUUUCAAAAGGAAAGUUAAGCAUGUGUUCAACAAGAUUUGAAUGUAUUUAUUUACCGAACUUACAGCUUAAAUUGCAAAGAGCAUUGAAGUAAAAGUGAUUUAAGAGUGCUUAUGUCUGACUAGACUGUGCCCAACAUGAACAUGUUAUAAUAAGCUGCCAAGUAAGCAGAUUUAUGGAAUUCUAAGAACCUUGUUGGGGCUAGCUGACAGGAGAGAGCUGGGAAAGCCACCACAGUGUACCAAGCCAUUACACAAAACUGCAGACCCAUCACAAUUCAUGGGUCUAAACUUGAAGGGAUCAAAUGGGUUCAUGGGGAGAAAGGCUAGUAUUCAGGUUGGGCAACCCAGUCAGAUGGGCAGGGUGUGUGUGUGUGUGUGUGUGUGUGUGUGUGUGUUUGUGUAUUUGUGGCUGGUAAUCAGAAACACAAUCAAUCCAUAAAACAAAGCUUUUGUUCAGCCUUCUGAAGGCAUCCAGGCUUUCCAGUUGAAAUGGUUCUUUGCUAAUUGUAUAAUUAAGUAAAAUAAAACACAUGAACGGAAGAUGGCUUGGUACCAUGCCUUUUAAAAAUGUUAUUUGCUACACUUCCUUGCUCUAUACAAAGACAUAUAGUAUAUCAACUUAAAAAAAUAUCCGGAACAGGAACCAUGUAAAGAUAAGCAGUAGUUUAAUUGCACUGGGAUUGUUAUAUAUAAAUAGGUCUAAAUAAUAACAUUGUGGUGCUGAAGUGAAUAUAGGUGUAAACCACUGCGUUUAGAAAAGAUGGCAAUGCAGACUGACCAGAGAUACAUGCCAUGUUACUUAAGCAGUUUAUGUUUAUAUGUAACUAAAUCCUGUCAAUUUUCUGAGCCUAAAAGGUAUUGCGGGGUACAAAUAGAAAGCAUAACUAUUUACAAAAGAAAUUAUUGCAUGCUGCAGCCAUUUUAAUGAAUGCAUGUAUGUUUGCUAAAUUUUACAUUUCACAAUUUUUGAAAGGCCAUAUUGGAUCUAUGAGUUGGCUAUACAGGAACAGGAACCUUUAUAGCAUUAUUGAUUUGCUUUUGAGAAUGCAUGCCAUACAGAAAAAAAAUCACAAAACACUAAAUAAUUUACAUGUUUUAUGUGAGAGAGGGAGAUCUACCGUGUUGUUGAGAGGCAGCAGUAAGCAUUUGUCCUUAAAAUGUUUGCUGCAUCUGUCUUGUAUGCUCCUUCCUGACAGAAAAUGAAAUGCAUAGACAUUUAAAGGGGGAAAGUCCUGGGCAGUAGUAGUUUUGUGAGCUUGAUAUUCAAGGUGCUAAUAUUUCUUUGGAAACACGCUUCCUUGUAGACAUUACUAUGAGAUAUGUUGACCAGUUGUCCCUGUUUGUGGUACCCAGGACCAGAAACACACUCAGCAAGGUUAACAAGUAUACUGUCAAUCAAAAUAUGAUCUAGCAGCUUCAAGUCUAGAGUACUUGAAGUACGUAGCUUCAGUAGGAGGGACAGUAACAGGAAAUGGCUGCACUACAGUAUAUCAGAUAAGAGUGUUCAAUGUCAGCAUGUAUUCCAGAAACUGAAUCCAGUGCAAAGGGAAAUAGGAAAGAGAAGGGGCACAAAUAAGGACGCUGAUUUCACCAUGAUUUCUUUAUAUACAAUUUGUUUGAUUAGUUUUUUUAACAUAUCAUUUUCAACAGUAAUUAAACAUACUUUUACAUAUUAUUCAAAUUUUUGACUUCCAUCAAUCCUGUCUGAAAAUUUUCCAAUCUAAUCUCUCAGUAUGCAUUUCUUAUCUUCCCUGUUACAUUUCAAACUCAUAACUUUGUAACACUUCGUAUAUUUCUCCUUACAAAACUUCUUGUAGUCCUACUAGCGUAAUUUGUUGAUUGCAGUUGCUCUUCAAAUAAUUCAUAUACUUCUUCCAAUUUCUUCUGUAAAUCUCUGGUCCCGCAGGUUUUGAAUCCUUCCUGUCAUUUUGUCCAAUUCUGCAUAGUCCAUUAAUUUCGUCUGAGAUUUCACCAUGAUUUCAGUGCAUGCUUAAGCAGGUUUACUCAGCAGUAUUCCCUGCUGAUUUGAAUGCAUGCUGUUAAAGGUAGUAAGUUAGCAGGGUUGUGUAUGGGGAGGGUGUAAUAAAAGAACCAUCUAAAUGAGAUGAAGUGCAAAAUGUCAGAAAGAGAAUGUCCAAAAGUAGUGUACACUUAUAGACGCAUAGAAUUGUAGAGAGGGAAGGGACCCCAAGGGUUGUCUAGUACAACCCCCUGCAGUUGCAGGAAUCUCGAAUGCUAUCCUUCAUCCAGUUUGAUACCAUACUAUAUCCUGUUUAGCACUGCAAAUGUGCUAGCAGUUUUAUUCUUUUUCAUGACAGCUUCAAAUCUGAGAAAGUUCCAAAUUGAUCAUGCAAAUUUUAAAAAAUACUCAAACCUAAUAAAUAUAAUUCUAAAUACUUAGUUAUUGCUCAGAUUAAUUGAGAUACAAUUUAGUUACUAACUGCCAAUAAAAAACUACCACUAAAAGCAGAUCUAGGUGUUAGUGGCAUAACUAAUAAAAGCAGAUCUAGGUGGUAACUGCCAUUUUGGACCUACCAUUUCUUCUUGCCUGAGGUUGAACAGUUCUUGACUUGAGAGACUUUUGGGGCUGUAAGGCAAAAAAAUAAAGUGGGAUUUAGAUUUUCUUGACCAUUCUGGUGCUUGUCCCAGCAUUAUGGCACCCUCCUAUCCUCUCUGUCAGAAUCUCAUCACCAGUCAAUGUCCCCCUGCUUUUUUUGUCUUAUCCUUAUUUCUUCAUCCAGAAAGCAGUCAUUUUCUUCUUUUUCUUUCAUGCAGCAAAGCUAAAGAAGCACUGCUAAAACUGCAGAAAGAGCGUGACUUCCAUCGAAUGCAUCAUAAACGAGUGGUGCAGGAAAAAAACAGGCUCAUUAAUGACAUUAAAAGGUAAACGAUUACAAACAGGGUUCUAAACCCACUUGGUUUUCAACAGAAGAGCCAGCAUUACCUAAGAAUGAUAUUUAUGACAUUCCCCUAUUUACAUGUGUUCAAUUCAUGCACAACCACUUAUAUGCACAGCCCUGGAAACCGGGAGGUGGGGGAAGAAACCUGAAAAGCCUCAGCAAAGCCCUGCUGUGCCUCCAGCUCAUGCAUAAAUGGGGAUACGCCUGUACAGUGGUACCUCGGGUUAAGUACUUAAUUCGUUCCAGAGGUCCGUUCUUAAACCUGAAACUGUUCUUAACCUGAAGCACCACUUUAGCUAAUGGGGCCUCCUGCUGCCACCACGCCGUCAUCGUGCAAUUUCUGUUCUCAUCCUGAAGCAAAGUUCUUAACCCGAGGUACUAUUUCUGGGUUAGCAGAGUCUGUAACCUGAAGCAUAUGUAACCUGAAGCGUAUGUAGCCCGAGGUACCACUGUAUAACAAAGAACUAAGAGGCUGAAUUGAUACAGGUAGCCUCAGUGGCAAGAAGUAUCUUUUACCAACUGCAUUUGCCAUUCUUGGACUGGGAGAGCCUGGCCACAUUACCUCGUACAUUGGUUACUUCAAGAUGUGAUUACUGCAGUGUGCUCUAUGUGGGGCUUCCCUCGUGUUUGAUCCGGAAGCUGCAGUUAGUGCAGAAUGCUGCAGCAUAAUUGCGGACAGGAGUGAGACCUGUGCUCAGAUGUCUGCACUGGUUGUCGAUCUGCUACCAGGCUCAGUUCAUGGUGUUAUUAUUAGUAUAUAAAGCCCUUAACAACUUGGGACUAGUUUACCUAUGAGAUUGCCUUGCCCCAUAUGUGCCUCUUAACCACUUUGAUCAGCAGAAUUGACACUUUUAAAAGUGCCACAUGAUACCAGUUCCACACCUGUAAAAACCUGAUCGUUUAGUGUGGCAGCACCGACACUUUGGAAUUCCCUACCUAUUGAUAUCAGGCAGGUGCCUUCACUGUCCUCUUUUCAGCACCUGCUGAAGACAUUCAUAUUUAGACUGAAAAAAAUCUCUUAGGAACUGAGUGGAACAACAGGGGCUAUGUUCAUCUGAACAAACAGCCUAAGGGGCAGGCCUCCCAUUAAAAAAAAGGUCAUCAUUGAUAAGCUCUAGAAGGUUUCAAACACUUUGCAGGCAAAUUUGUUGAUUGCACAGAUUACAUGCAGAGGAUUAGUUAGAUCUAAGCAACCUUCCUAUAUUAGAAAUUGCCUCUCUAUGUAGAAGUCAGAAAAAGAAUAUUGUUACUUUCUGAACUUGUUAAAUGAUGUGUGCUAAACAGUUUCUUGUGAAUUACAUAGCAAAUAGACUCACCAUCCAUAAUGAAAAUUUGACUUUCUACUUAAUUUGGUGGAACAUUCUAAAUUUAGGUUCUGUUGUAAUUAAUACUAGAGAAAUACAUUUUAGUUGAUCUUUCUUAAUUGUAAUUUGCUUGGUUGUCAGUUCAUAUGUUCAUUUUGUUUGCACCAGGGAUAGAUAUAACAUUCAUCUGCAAGAAAGAAACAAAGUUCAAUAUGGACCAGCAUAUUUAAUUCAUUUAAUGUACUUUGAUAAUUUGGAAAAUGAAAACUCCCACCUCCAUCAACAUUUGGAAUAGUUUGUUUGUUUUUCAUAAGAUUUUAUUAAAGCUUUUUCAUAAUACAGUAAGAUAAAAGAAACUAAUCUAAAUAAAAACAAAAACAGAAAGGAAAGAGAGAAGAAAAUGCAUAGUCCUCUCUCAAAGGUACCUCUUAGCCCUUGUCACCCACAGAAAGUGGUGGACCCUCCCAGCUCUCACCUGGGAGAUUUCCUUUUUCCUCCCAAUCUCUCACCCUGGGAGAUCUUCACUUCUUUGCCUCUCACUCAGGGUCCUUCCACCAACCGUCCUUGAAUCCCAAUAAUGGCCAGAGCAGAGGAUAACAAAGAAGAAAAAACAAAAGAAUAGAGAAGUAAAGAAAUAAAAUAAAAAUGACUUCUGAUUUUCUGUCUGUCAGUUACAUAAAAUAAAUUAUUCAAAACAUUCACUCUAGGAUGACAUCCAACUAUUCUACUUUGUGUUAAGCAGUGUUUUUCCAAUCUUCAGACCUGAACAUUUGGGUUAGUUUGAAAGAACUUGGAUUGUAUGAUUCUUACAGGUAACCAAGAAACGUCUUUCUUCUGAGAAUUAAAUGCUAGAGAAUAUUUAUUGCCUUGUGACCAUUGUAUAAUUUCUUUUCUUUAUUUUUUUGUAGACUGAAGACACAUUAUGCAUCAUAUGAGCCACUGUUAAAGCAGUUGAAUGAAAAAUAUGAGAUUCUACUGCGAGAGAAGAUGCUCACAAGCUUAGAAAGAGACAGAGUGGUUGGGCAGGUAAAAACCUGUAGUGUGUUUAACCUAGAGAUUCAGAAAGCACUGAUCUCUUUACUGUCUAAUGUAGACUAAUGUAGAGUCAUGGUUAGAGUGUGGGACUAGGAUGUGGGAGACAAGGAGUCAGAUCUCCACUCAACCAUGAAACUCACUGGGUGACCUUGGGCCAGUCACGUUCUCUCAGCUUAACCCCCCUGACAGGGUUGUGUUGAGGAUGAAAUAAGGAAGGGAAAUAAAGAAGGAUCAUAAUCCUAAUCAUACUUACUGGUUUAAGUUUCCAUUUCUAUCCUCAAAAAACAAGGUGGACCACAUAUAGGUAAAAAAGGUAAAGGACCCCUGGAUGGUUAAGUCCAGUCAAAGGCAACUAUGGGGUGCGGUGCUCAUCUCGCUUCAGGCUGAGGGAGCCGGCAUUUGUCUACAGACAGCUUUCUGGGUCAUGUGGCCAGCAUGACUAAACCACUUCUGGCACAAUGGAACACCAUGAUGGAAGCCAGGGUGCACAGAAAUGCUGUUUACCUUCCUGUCACAGCAGUACCUAUUGAUCUACUUGCAUUGGUAUGCUUUCGAACUGCUAGCUUGGCAGAAACUGUCAGAACAAUGGGAGCUCACCCCAUUGCACAGAUUCAAGCCACCAGCCUUCCAAUCGGCAAGCUCAAGAGGCUCAGUGGUUUAGACCACAGCACCACCUGUGUCCCUACCACAAAGAAAACCCAAGAAUAUGUAAUGCACAAAGAACGUGGGGCAUUGGCGAUUUUGAGUUUUUCUUGGAUGUCAAGUGCACAGAGCUCUUCUUAGUUUAAAAUCAAUGGGUCAUAUCACUGAAUAUAAAAUGGAGAGAUUACCUGAGGUGUGGGAGGGAUAAUUCUGUAUUCUGAAGAAAGCUGUGCCUUGCUGCUUGCAAGUGCCAUCUGCUGGAUCUGGUGAUUGGCAAGCAGCCACUUCUUAAAGUGAAAGGAGCCUCCCUGUCCAUCAAAAUUCUCUUCAGAGGUGUAAUUGGUAGCUUGUCAUUUCUUUGCCAAGUUAAUAAACCAAUCUCUUCACACACACACACAAACACGCACACACACGCACACACUACGCCAGACCCCAGCAGCAUACAAAUUCACAAGGAUUUUUUCUCUUAUAUAUCUAUACCUAUGAAUAAAAUGAAUUAAAAUAUGUCCUGCUGGCAGCUACUGUUGAAUCAACAGUUGCUGGCCAGAAUUGCAUGUCUCCGAGUUCUUUCUGCCUUCUAGCAGAACUGGAUCCAUGUGCUGGACUGUGUUAGGCUGUAUGCCAAUGAAAGAGCUCUAAGAGUGCUGCUGUGCUUGGCCUGCUUCCUUUCCAAAGCCUCUCAGCAAGCUGAUAUCUGGCUUUUCAGUUAAGACCCUGAAACAUGUUUAAAUGAGGUUAUUUUUUAUUUUCAGUUUUGGAAAAUGCAAGGUUAUGUGUAGGGCAAGUGGUGUCUCUGUCACUUCAACCUACUUAUAUAGUGGGUAAAAGGAUAAUAUAACCCACUGCAUAAUGGUUUCACUCUUUCACACUGGUGAAUCCUGAUAUUAUUGUCAGCCAUGCAGAAUCUCCCAAGUGUCACUGCUAUGCCGCCUCCAUUCAUUUCAGUGAGGUUUAUGCCUCAAACAAGCCUUGAGAAAAUGAAUAAUGUGUUCUGCUGCUAAAUUCAUAACACUGUUCUGCAUCUAAUGUCAAGGUUCUCCCAAUUUUGACACAAUUAAAUAGAUGGAUAACAUUAUUUCAAGAAAAGGAGCAGAAUUCAUCAUUCCCUUUAUUAGCCUCACUAAAACGAUUGAGGCACUUGGUAGAUUUUGCAAGAGUUAAAGCCUCAGGUGUCUUCAGUAUAAAUAUGCAAAACAACUGUCGUUAUAUAUUUCAUAGAAGUGUACGUGACUACACUUCUAGGCACAGUGUGAGGAAUGUAUGUUUGAUGCAUAUUAUCCCAGUGUGGGACAGAUCUGAUACAUUCAUUUCCCUCCUUGUCAGGCACAUCUCCUGUUCAGUUGUGGAUAGAGCAUGGCAAAAGCAGAGGGCCAAGAAGGCAAAGCCAACCUAUAUGCAAUAAGGGCAGAUCUCCUCAGUGCUCAGACUGUUUAGCAAGACAGCCCUGGAAGCAUUCACAGGAUCACUCUGCCUUAUUGAUACAAAUAAAGCAUAUUUGAUUCCCCCCCCCCCAAGAAUCCUAAGAACUGUAAUUAGCCCCACACAGAGCUACAAUUUCCAGCAUCCAAAACAGACUACAGUUCCUAGGAUUCCUGGUCGGAGUAUGCGCUUUAAAUGUUUGGGUUGUUUUUGGGUAGCCUGGCCACAAUUUUGCAUCAACCAAAAUGCUCCAGACUUCACAGAAUCAUAAAAUCAUGGAGUUGGAAGAGACCCCCAGGAGUUGUCUGGUCCAACCCUUUGAAAUGCAGGAAUCUCAACUAAAGAAUCCAAGACAGAUGGCCACCCAACCUCUGCUUAAAAACCUCCAAGGAAGGAGAGUCCGCAAGCUCCCAAGGGAGUGCGUUCCACUAUCGAUCAGCUCUUACUGUCAGAAGGUUCUUCCUGAUGUCUAGUUGGAAUCUCCUUUCUUGUAACUUGAAGCCAUUUAUUCAAGUCCUACCCUCCAGAGCAGGAGAAAACAAGUUUGCUGCAUCUUCCAUGUGACAACCCUUUAGAUAUUUGAACUUAAUUAUGUUCCAGGGCACCAUGAAGGGUAGAUGGUGGAGAGUAUUUUGAAAACACUGCAAAGUGACAUUUUUGUGAGAAAAAGAGAAGUCUUAGUAUUUUUGAAGAAUAAAUGGCUUUUGAUAAAUUUUGGCUCAGCUGUAGUUGAUACAGCUGGCUUUCUUGCAUUUCCCAUCUUUGGCCAGAGUGUGGUGGUAAUUUGCAGGCUAAAUUCCUGCUGGAUAAUUUAGGCCACCUGUAAGCUUGAGUGCUGAUUCCCCUUUGCCCGAGAGUUACUGACGAACUAUGUGAAGUGAUCUUGAGAAGGUGGAAAGAUUGUUUACUUCACUUUAAUUACCCUGACUGAGUGCAUGGAAAGCAUUGUUUAAAAUUAUGUUGAAGGAUAACUAAUAUAUUGAUUUCUAUAGGCACUCAGAUUCUUACCACAUUGAGAUAUUUUAGGCUGAUUAUUUUGCAUGCAUUCACACAUAUGUCUGAUUUUCUUAAUGGGAGAAAUGAAAGUUCUCAAUGUCUUUUUCCCUUCAUUGUUCAGAUUACAGGUUUACAAGCCACUUUACGAAGCUUAGAGUCUGGAAGCUACAUUCAAAUUCCUGUCACUAAAGGUAAACGGUUUCCUAUAUAUUGAAAUCCCAAACUUGAACAGAAAAAAAUGCUUUUCAAAGAUUGUGCAAAUGGUUAGGCAUUCAAAAUUCUCCUGCAUGUUAAACCCUAAAAUGAUUUAAUGAAUGUUAAGCUUUGAGACACAGCGAUUCACAUGGAGGAGGCAAAUGGGUGUGAGCUCUGAAGGGCUAUGGUGGGAAAACAUUGUUAAAUCUGCAAAAUGAAUGAAAUGCUUUCCCAGCUACUGUGGGAGUUGAGAUGUCACUGAAUGGAUUUUUAAUACUGCGUCAGUUCUCUUUCCUGAUUGCCUGGGAGCAGAGGUUGCCCUGGGGAUGAGAUAGUCCAUCAUUUCAUUAAAUACUGCAGACUCUGUCUAGUCCACCAUAGAAACAGUCCUCCAUGCUUAGAGAGAUUCCUGCAGGAAUCAACAGAGUUUUGUAUCCGCUUUCCUUCCUGCAGGGUGUGUGCAUGGUCAGUACACUGCCUGUUACAGGCCAGACAUUGAUAUGGGAACCAUUUACAGGCAUCUCAUUCCCUUAAUGGCUUGGUGUGUUGAGUGGAUGUGCUGAGGAAUGGGAAGGGGGAGUGUUGGCUCCAUGAGGAUUCCUCUGUAUACAGGCUGAAUUGACUCUGAGCUUUUCUGUUUUAAAAAACAUUUUGUUACCAAGUUUUGAAGUACAAGAUGCUAAUGUUAAGCAAAAUUUGAAUAUGUACAAACUGAAAUAUGGAGGCUUUUUGAGGGAUUUGCAUUUUUAUAUUAGGAAGCGGCAUUUAUAUGUUAUUUGUAUUAGCAAAUUCACUAAAAGGUUAAGGGUGUUCAUGUUUGGAUGGAGACUUGAAAAUCAAAACAGGAAACUCAAAUGCUGUUUGCAAUAUCACUUUACUACUAUUGUUUAACUGGAAAAUAGGUUGGCAAUAAGUCAUAGCAUAUGUCAAGUUUUAUAGAUCUUGAUCAUGGACAUUUCUUUUCCUUUGAGUAGCUUUAUGAAAUAUAUUUGCAGGUUUGGCAAUGGAACAUUGAUAUUUUUAUUUUAUGAGCCCUUCAGCCUAUCUGCUGCAUUACUAUCAUUUUACUCACCUUCCAGAAGUCUAAUAGAAAUGACUUACUAUAAAAAUAAAUAGCAACUGCAGUGAAAUGUGAUUAGGCUGCAGCCUUAAGCAUAUUCACAAGGAAGUCUCAUUGAAGUUAGUGUGACUUCCUUCCAGGGUAAACUGUUUAGCAUCCGCCCAUAAUGUUUUAUGAUAGUUGCAUGGCUAAACCCUUUUGCGUAUAAUUUUUUGUAGUGGUUGUGUGUGUGUGUAACAAAACAUUGAUUUAGAUUCUGGUUGAUUCAAUCAGUAGGUACGCAGUUUAUUUUAGAGGCAGAGGUCUCACUGGGGUGUACCAUUUCAGAUUGUAGGUUGGAGUUUACAUGCUUGAACUCCAUAAACACCACAUCCCCUCGACACAGAAAAUCUGUCGCUCCAAUAAGGAGAAGUAUGGUAGCCAAGUGUUCUCCUUGAUGUGUUAGAAUGCUGUUUAGUGUGCCCCUCCCCAUAAACGCUGCUGGAUUUCAUAUUUUGAUAGCAGGUCCAUUGUAGGUAGAAGGUGUGGUCCCAGGAAUACCUCAGUGAAGAUGUUCACUCAGAGUGCAGCAGCUGUAAAAGAGGUGUGUUAAGGAUCAUUAGGAAAGGGACUGAAAGCAAAACUACCAAUACUAUUAUGUUGUUAUAAAAAUCUAAAUUACAGUUGUAUUUGGAAUAUUGUAUACAAUUCUGGUUGCUGCACCUUAAAAAGCACGUUGAAGUUAAGCUGGAAAAGAUCAGAAAAUAGCAACCAAAAGGUUCAAGGGGCUGAAAAACUCCUAUGAGGAAAGGUUGCAUCAUGGAGGUCCUUUAGAAAAAGUGGCUAGAGAGUUUUCCUCCUCCUCCUCACAUAAUACUAUAACCCAGGGCCACACAGUGAAACCAAAUGUUGGAAGAUCACAGGAGCCAGAUAUAUGGAGAAACGUGACUCAAAGAAGUAGGAGGCCCAGGGUUUGCUCUGAUUGUUUAGAAAUACACAAUCGCUUUGAGGUCCUCUCCCCUAGCAUGGAAGACGAAGAGCAGACUCCAUUUGAGGAUCUCUCCUCAUUACAGUCGAUCAGGUAUAUGAAGACGAGCAGCAAAGUCAGUCCUCAGGGAAUGUGCAGGCGACCUUGGAGCGGACAGCUCACGGAAGAACCCCGACCAAACCUAAGAGGAGGCAUGUAGUGGUGAUAGGGGAUUCCCUACUGAGGGGAACAGAAGCAGUGAUCUGUGGGCCUGACAAGAUGUCUCGGGAAGUGUGCUGUCUCCCAGGGGCUAAGAUCCAAGAUGUAACUGAACGACUGCAAGGAAUCAUAAAACCCACUGACAAAUACCCCUUCCUCUUGGUUCAUGUGGGAACCAAUGACACUGCAAGCAAUAGCCUCCAGAAGAUCAAAAGAGACUACGAGGCUCUGGGCAGGAAAUUGAAGCAAUUAAAUGCACAAAUUGUGAUCUCAUCUGUCCUCCCAGUUGAACGACGAGGCCCAGGGAGAGAGGGGAAAAUAGUGGAAGUGAACAGCUGGCUUCGCAAAUGGUGUAAACAGGAACAGUUUGGAUUCUUAGAUCACGGACUGCAGUUUCUUGAAGAUGGACUUCUGGCAAGCGAUGGGCUGCACCUCACAACGGUUGGGAGAAAUGUUUUUGCCCGAAAUCUCAGAGACCUCAUCAGGAGGGCUGUAUACUGACUAAUGUGGGGAGGGAGACAGUGCUCCUGAAGGUAGGAGUCUAUCAAUUGAUGAAGAUGAUCAUCCAAAUGUCCUUGACCAAAUGGAGCACACAGCACACAGACCGAGUGGUGGGAGGAAAAAUCCUUAAAUAAGAGUCACGGGGGAAUGAUUAAUGGACUUCAAUGUCUGUACACUAAUGCGCAAAGCAUGGGAAAUAAACAAGAUGAGCUUGAGCUCUUGGUACAGCAAACUAAAUAUGACAUAAUAGGCAUCACUGAAACCUGAUGGGAUAAGUCCCACGAUUGGAAUGUAAUAAUGGGGGGAUACAAUCUAUUUCAGAGAAACAGACCAGACAAGAAAGGAGGAGGAGUGGCGUUAUAUGUCAGGGAUGUGUAUACCUGUGAAGAGAUCCAAGAUUUAGAACCUCAAAGCCAAAGUGAGAGCAUUUGGGUCAAAAUUAAGGAGAGAAGAAUAACAGUGACCUCACUGUGGGAGUUUACUAUAGAUCCCCAAGCCAAACGGAGGACAUAGAUGAUGCCUUCCUGGAACAGAUGGCCAAGCAUGCAAAAGGAAGGAGAUAGUAGUAAUGGGGGACUUCAAUUACCCGGAUAUUUGUUGGAUGUCAAACUCAGCCAAGAGCAUAAGGUCAAACAGAUUCCUCACUGGCCUUGCAGACAACUUCAUUGUCCAGAAAGUGGGAGAAGCAACAAGAGGAACAGCCAUUUUAGAUCUGGUCCUAACCAAUGUUGAUGACCUGGUUAGUGGGGUAGAAGUGGAAGGAUCAUUAGGCGCGAGUGAUCAUGCUCUUCUGAAGUUUACUAUACAGCGGAAAGGAGCAGCCAAGCAUACUAGGACUCAAUUUCCUGACUUUAAGAAAGCUGACUUCAUAAAACUUAGGGAAGUGCUGGGUGAGAUCCCAUGGACAGUAAUACUAAAAGGAAAGGGAGUUCAUGAUGGCUGGGAGUUUGUUAAGAGGGAGAUACUAAAAGCACAACGUCAGGCAAUACCAAUGAGACAGAAACAUGGAAGGUGCCUAAAGAAGCCAGGGUGGCUAUCUAAAGAACUUUUAACUGAGUUAAGAUUAAAAAAGGAUGUGUACAAAAAAUGGAAAAGGGGAAACCACCAAAGAGGAAUUCAAACAAAUAGCCAGCACGUGUAGACACAAAGUCAGAAAAGCUAAAGCACAGAAUGAACUCAGGCUUGCUAGAGAGGUUAAAAGCAACAAAAAAGGCUUUUAUGGGUAUGUUCGUAGCAAAAGGAAGAACAAAGAAACAGUGGGGUCACUCAGAGGAGAAGAUGGUGAAAUGCAAACAGGGGACACAGAAAGAGCUGAACUCCUCAAUGCCUUCUUUGCCUCAGUCUUCUCCGAUAAAGAAAACAAUGCCCGACCUGAAGAAUUUGAAGCAAAUGAUUCAGCAAAGGAAACACAGCCCAGAAUAACUAAGGAGAUAGUACAAGAAUACUUGGCUAGUUUAGAUGUAUUCAAGUCUCCAGGGCCAGAUGAACUGCAUCCAAGAGUAUUAAAAGAACUGGCAGAUGUGAUCUCAGAACCACUGGCAGUCAUCUUUGAGAAUUCCUGGAGAACAGGCGAAGUCCCGGCAGACUGGAGGAGGGCAAAAGUUGUCCCUAUUUUCAAAAAGGGGAAAAGAGAGGACCCAAAUAAUUACCGCCCAGUCAGUCUGACAUCAAUACCAGGGAAGAUUCUGGAUCAGAUCAUUAAGCAAACAGUCUGUGAGCACCUAGAAAGGAAUGCUGUGAUCACCAAUAGUCAGCAUGGAUUUCUGAAAAAUAAGUCAUGUCAGACUAACCUGAUCUCGUUUUUUGACAGAAUUACAAGCCUGGUAGAUGAAGGGAACGCAGUGGAUGUAGCCUACCUUGAUUUCAGCAAGGCAUUUGACAAGGUGCCUCAUGAUAUUCUUGUAAAGAAGCUGGUAAAAUGUGGUCUUGACUAUGCUACCACUCAGUGGAUUUGUAACUGGCUGACUGACCGAACCCAAAGGGUGCUCAUCAAUGGUUCCUCUUCAUCCUGGAGAAGAGUGACUAGUGGGGUGCCACAGGGUUCUGUCUUGGGCCCAGUCUUAUUCAACAUCUUUAUCAACGACUUGGAUGAUGGACUCAAGGGCAUCCUGAUCAAAUUUGCAGAUGACACCAAAUUGGGAAGGGUGGCUAACACCCCAGAGGACAGGAUCACACUUCAAAACGACCUUGACAGAUUAGAGAACUGGGCCAAAACAAACAAGAUGAAUUUUAACAGGGAGAAAUGUAAAGUAUUGCACUUGGGCAAAAAAAAUGAGAGGCACAAAUACAAGAUGGGUGACACCUGGCUUGAGAGCAGUACAUGUGAAAAGGAUCUAGGAGUCUUGGUUGACCACAAACUUGACAUGAGCCAACAGUGGGACGCGGCAGCUAAAAAAGCCAAUGCAAUUCUGGGCUGCAUCAAUAGGAGUAUAGCAUCUAGAUCAAGGGAAGUAAUAGUGCCACUGUAUUCUGCUCUGAUCAGACCUCACCUGGAGUACUGUGUCCAGUUCUGGGCACCACAGUUCAAGAAUGACAUUGACAAACUGGAACAUGUCCAGAGGAGGGCAAGCAAAAUGGUCAAAGGCCUGGAAACGAUGCCUUAUGAGGAACGGCUAAGGGAGCUGGGCAUGUUUAGCCUGGAGAAGAGGAGGUUAAGGGGUGAUAUGAUAGCCAUGUUCAAAUACAUAAAAGGAUGUCACAUAGAGGAGGGAGAAAGGUUGUUUUCUGCUGCUCCAGAGAAGCGGACACGGAGCAAUGGAUCCAAACUACAAGAAAGAAGAUUCCACCUAAACAUUAGGAAGAACUUCCUGACAGUAAGAGCUGUUUGACAGUGGAAUUUGCUGCCAAGGAGUGUGGUGGAGUCUCCUUCUUUGGAGGUCUUUAAGCAGAGGCUUGACAACCAUAUGUCAGGAGUGCUCUGAUGGUGUUUCCUGCUUGGCAGGGGGUUGGACUCGAUGGCCCUUGUGGUCUCUUCCAACUCUAUGAUUCUAUGAUUCUAUGAUUCUAUGAUUCUAUAAGAUCAGGACAGAUAAAAAGGAAGCACUAUUCAUACUGUGAAUAAACACAGGAAUUUGGCCACAAGUUCUGAUGGCUCUGCAUAACUCUGAUGUUGAAAGUAACAUGCCUCUGAGUACCAGUUGCUGGGGAGCAGAAGUGGGGAGAGUGCUGUUGUGCUCAUGUCCUACUUGUAGGUCUCCCACAGGCCUCUGGUUGACCAUUGUGAGUGGAGGAUGCUGGGCAAGAUGGAACUUUGGUCUGGUCCAUCCAGAAUCUCCUUAUAUGUUGGUACAGUCUGAAGUGAUUGAACAAGAUGUAGCCAUUUUUUUUAUUUAAGGCUGUGAUCCUAGUGAAAUUUUUAGCAAUGGUGGUCACUGAUAAUAUGCAGCUUUCAUUGAAAAAAGACUUUAAUUGUGUACAAAAAAUAGCUGAGGAUAAUUAGUGUUAAUAUUGGGGCUGUAUGUUUCACGCUUUUGCUCAGUUUGGGACCUAAAUGGAACAAAGUUAACAGAACAGAUACACAAUUUACUGAAGUGAUUUUCAGGAACAUCACUGAAAAGAUGCAGAGCGAACAGUGCAAAACCUGUAAAUCAUGGGAAAAUACUUUUCUUAAAUUUCAGUAAAAAUGUUCCUAAUUGUCUGUAGUGGCUGAGGAAGUGUUUUUCCCCUGUAUAUUAUACACCAGAUUUUCUUCAUUUUGCCUGCUGACUCUAAUGAGUGACUUGUUAUAUCUCUAUUGAAGUAACAUUCCUGGGGUAAAACAAUAGCAUUCCACUUUUAUAUACCAGCACAGUUCCUAGGGUUAUAGGCUAUGAACAAAAGGCUACCUUGCUAAAGCACUCCAGAUAGUAAGCCAACCCUAUUUUUAGAGGGAGGAAUUAAGGUUAUUUUGUCAUAUUCCUGUUCUCCACCAGGAAACAUUUCAGAUGAUACCCAUUUACAGUAAUCAAGACAGCCCAGACUCACAACAGCAGAAUGACUCUGUACUGCUAUUCAGUGUGGCUCUUCGAAAAGCUCUAUUCAUUUUUGAAAACAAGUUUUUGGGAGAUGAAAACUGUUAUUUAUAAUUAAUCUCUUAAGUACCUCUAGUAGGUGGGGGGACGCGGGUGGCGCUGUGGGUAAAACCUCAGCGCCUAGGACUUGCUGAUCGCAUGGUCGGCGGUUCGAAUCCCCGCGGCGGGGUGAGCUCCCGUCUUUAGGUCCCAGCGCCUGCCAACCUAGCAGUUCGAAAGCACCUCCGGGUGCAAGUAGAUAAAUAGGUACCGCUUUAUAGCGGGAAGGUAAACGGCGUUCCGUGUGCUGCGCUGGUGCUGGCUCGCCAGAGCAGCUUCGUCACGCUGGCGUGACCCGGAAGUGUCUCCGGACAGCGCUGGCCCCCGGCCUCUUAAGUGAGAUGGGCGCACAACCCUAGAGUCGGACACGACUGGCCCGUACGGGCAGGGGUACCUUUACCUUACAUCUAGUAGGUGGGAUGGGGUGGAAGUGGAACGGUGAAAUGAGUGAAUGAGCAAGGAUUAUAUGGCAAGGAGUACCAGCAGUGGUGGUUAUGCAGCAGUCAUGGCUGGACGCUCUCCUCGCUCCACCAUCCUACUUAUGCCAUGGUGCCACACUGUUUUCAUAGCCCACAGAAAAUAAGCACAGAAGGAGCCUUCUAUCAGCAGGCUGCAGUUACAACAAGAUCAAGUAGGGAAAAAAUAAGCUUCUUUCUUUUGGGAUGCCUUACUCUUGUCCCCCAGCCAUCACAUAGCAGUGGUCUAGAUACCCAUCAACUGGACCAACUGCUACCAAGCCUUUUCACGUCCCUGUUUAUACCUGUAUGCAAACUUACAUACUGCCUACAUAUUUAUGGAGAUGCGGAUGUGUGGUUUUUUUUUUUUACAAUGAAUCUGGAAAAUAUUACAUGUCACUGGAUUCUUGCACUUUGCCAGUAUACACUUAGUUACGUUGGGGCAUCAGCAACUGAAUUCCAGUAUUAAUCUUAGUAAGGAAACAUUCAUUUAUUUAUCUGUUUUCCCUAAGAUAGUGGGCAGUGAGUAAAAUGGUUCUGCUGCUUGAAGGGGCAAAUGCAAUGUUACAGAAUGGGAAGUUGAUUAAUAAUGCAAGUUUAUACACAGGCUUCCCCAAACCCAAAUUGCCUAGACAUUGGUUGUACUCAUUUCUAGAUGGGGUUGCACUCUUCCCUCAGAAGAGCUGGUACAUAGUCUGGGGGUGCUCCCUGACUCACAUUUCUUGCUGGAGGCUUCAGUGACUUCAGUAUAGUUUUGCCAGCUUCUCUCCCUUUGACAGCUAUGAUUAUUUUGGGACAGGGAUAGCCGUGACAUGGUGACUCAUGCAUUGAUAACCUGAAAACUGGACAAUUGUAAUAUGCUGUAUAUGGGAGUGUUCUUAAGGCUGGUCUGGAACCUGCAACUAGGACAGAAUGCAGCAGCUAAGUUGCUGGGUGAGGCACCAUCCCAAGCACAAGUUAUGUCACUUUUAAAAGAGGAGCAGCACCGGUUUCUUAUAUGUGACCAACCUAGUUUAAGAUUUUUGUUCUGACUUAAAAAGUCCUAAACAACAUUGGACUAGGCUGCCUGAGGGAAAGACUUAUUACAGUUCAGGUCAUUAAGAUUGUCUGAUAACCCUGUCCUGUCACCUGGUUGUGCCACAACACAAUUUUAUGUAAACUAGAGAUGAGGAAUCUAUGUGUGUCUAACCCUCACUAUACCCCCACUGUAAACCUUCCCCUGCAUUAAAGCUUAUUAGGCAAGUUCCUUCCAAAAGGAAUUGCAGUUUUAAAACGUUUUAGUCAUCAUGCAAUACAGAAUGACCUGGUUGGUAUGCAGUGCAAAAUGACUGAAUGACUGAAUAGGAAGAGGCACCUGUUUUAAUUCUGCUGCAUAUACGGUACAUACCUUCCAUCCCACCUGAAAGGCACUCAAAACAGGAGGUCUGCAAAUGCUUCUGAGAUAUUAUACUGUGUAACUGUAAUGAUUUUGUAGAACUUGGAAAUGUGUUUGAUCAGAAGAUGCUAUUUAAACCUCUGGGCUUUCCUAGUUCUGUAGCAGUUUGCAAGUAUGUAUAUUUCACAAACGAACACAUUCCCACGAGCAAUGUAACUGCCAGACAACCACAGCCACUGAGUGAGAGAAGAGCUUCCAAACAAAUAAAACAUUUCUGCAAUGUGUAAUGCUUAGGGAAAUACUCUGAGACAUGAUACUUGUAACAGUUGUUGAAAAGUUUUUAAAGUAUUUAUAAGGCUAGCAUCUUGUGCAAGAAACAGUUCUUUUCACAUGCGUCCCUUCAAAUAAAUUAGUUAAGGUGGCCAUACCUUCAGUUACUUUUAUUUUAAGGGUUUUAGCUCAAAGAGAAGUUAUUCUGGGGCAGGUCCCAUGAAUGGGAACUGUGCAGAGAACAUAGCUGUUUAUUUCAGUGGGGCUUACUUCCUAGUCGAUUGCAGGCCCAGACAGAGGGGGGGGGCCAUAUGGGCCACUUGGCCCGGGCCUCCGAUUCCAAAGGGGGCCUCGGUCAGCAUAUUCACAAUCGCAGGGGAUACACUGGGGCAAACACGGAGGCGCAAAGGGGGCCACGUGAUCUACCUGGCCUGGGCCUCUGCCUGGCUCCGCAAGGCCCUGGUCGAUUGUGCCCUUUGGAUGCAGGCUUCAUAGUAAAAAUGAGAGAAUAAUUUCACAUGCAGAAAGGAUUUUUCAAUUUAUUUGUUUUAGAUGCACAUAUUAUUUUAGUGUUGGAUUUUGUGUACUUUUCAAGAAUGACAAUUCAAAUGACUUCAGUUUACCCAUAUGGCCAUCACAGUCAAUUUUACAGAACACUGAAGCAUGCAAUGCAAAAAGGUAUAUGUUAUCUGGAAAACAUGGAUAGGCUGGUUGGUCUAAAUCUUUAAACAGACUUGAUUUAACAAACAGUUUUCCCCACUGGUGCUUGCAGUUUUUAUAGAAUAUAUAUAUAUUCAUUGAUACUCAUCAAAAGAUAUACAAAAGUUCAUACACAAUACAAAGUAUCUUUUUAUAAUACACCAUAAUAAAAAAUAUUUUUGAAAUCUAAUAUAAAAAGGAACAGGAGCAAAAAGAAAGAAGAAAAGUAAUUUUCCUGAUUAACAGAAGCAUUAAAAAUCUUAGCCAGCAAAGAAUCAAGUAGGUUGUCCUAUGGAUAUAUUUUAAAAGUCAGAAAAAUAAAUAAUAUUUAAAAUAAUCAAGAAAUUAAUGGUACAGGUGGAUUUACAGCAACUUCCAUCAGCCUCAUGUGCAGGGUUUUUUUCAGCCGGAACUCACUUGAACUCAGUUCUGGCACCUCUCAAGUGGGCACCAUUGCCAUCAAUAUGGAACAAGGGAGGCGUUCAUGGUGAGUUUCGGCACCUCUUUUUCUAGAAAAAUAGUACUGCUCAUGUGUAAUCAUUAUUCCAGCAUUUGUAACCUUCACACUUAUUAGUUCUGUUGAAUUUCGCACAAGGACAUCGACAGGAAUUAUGAUGCUGACCUUAAGCAUUAAAGGUAAAGGUAAAGGUAAAGGGACCCCUGACUGUUAGGUCCAGUCGCGGACGACUCUGGGGUUGCGGCGCUCAUCUCGCUUUAUUGGCCGAAGGAGCCGGCAUACAGCUUCCGGGUCAUGUGGCCAGCAGGACUAAGCCGCUUCUGGCGAACCAGAGCAGCGCAUGGAAACGCUGUUUAUCUUCCCGCCAGAGCGGUACCUAUUUACCUACUUGCACUUUGUGCUUUCGAACUGCUAGGUUGGCAGGAGCUGGGACCGAGCAAUGGGUGCUCAUCCCAUCGCGGGGAUUUGAACCGCCGACCCUCUGAUCGGCAAGCCCUAGGCUCUGUGGUUUAACCCACAGCGCCACCCGCAUCCCAUAAGCAUUAAGAUUGUGUUAAAAUGGCAAAUGCAGUUCAGUGGCAGAGGCUGACCACCAGAAAAGGCAUCUUGGGGACUGUUGAUGGAAAGCUCAAUUAAUAUGUUGACCCAGCUGUUUAAAAGAUGAAUUCCAUGUUAGGGAGCAUUAGGAAAGGGAAAUUGGUGGUGCAGCUGCACUUGGAAUAGUGUGAACAGUUCUGGUACCUACAUCUCAAAAAGGAUAUUGUAAAGCUGGGAAAAGAGCAAAGUGAUAAAGUGGCUGGUACAAUUCACCUGUGAAGGAACAUUACAUUGUUUGGGGCUUUUUAUAUUAGAAUAAAAUCAAGCAUAAAACCUGCAUUUGAAUGCUAUUUCAAAUGGGUUUGUAAUAUUAUGUUACGUUGUAUUAUCUAUGUAGUACCACUUCAAGUAAUAAAUAAAUAAAAGUUCUUUUUUUUGGUAUUCAAUAAAAUUUAAUAAAAAAUUAAAAAUAAAAUAAAUAAAAGUAUGCAUGGUAUGGAGGUUUUGAAGUGUUUUGUAUUGUAGCAUGUUUCUUAGUAAUGUAUUUGUACUGUUGUGAACUGCCCAUGGAAGCAGUGAUGAAGGAUGAAGGAUCCGGUCUAUAUUAGUUCCCUUUGAUAUUGUAAAUGUGAAUGUUACAUCGUCUUUCAUGUUAAAGGCAAUAACCCCCAUGCAGAUAGUCCAUUUUGUGCUCUUUUUAGUCAGAGCUUUUUCUGUCAUUCUCAAAUUGCUAUCCAGCAUAGACUUCUCAACCAGCUUUUUAACUGGAGAGAAUAUAAUGAGACACUUGUGACUUGUGGGUGUGCAGUUGUACAUGCAGAUAUACUUUCAUACUCAUACUCAUUUUUAGAGCUCUGCUAAAUAAAUAAAUAAAAAAGAUUCCAAUUUUGUGACUGCAGUCCUCUUCUCCCAAGCACUGUUGAUUUUCAAACAAUAUGGAUUCUUCUGCUCUGUGGUUCUUCAGGCUCUGUAUAAUGGUGCCCACAUUGACACUAGCAGUGCCAUCUUCCGGGUGUGUACAGAUCAGUUGCCAGGUGUUGUGUAUUGAGUCAAAGGAUUUUAUAUCUGUAUUAUUAUUGUCUGUAUUUGCAUUAGGGUAAAGUAACUGCCUUUUGGUUCCAGAGGGUACAGCUACUAUUGGUUCAUUUAAGCUGCUGUAUUUGGAUCCUCUGUCUUAUUGGUUCCCUCCAAAAGGCAGGACUGUGAUUGCCUGAUAUUGUUCCCUCCAAAAUGUAUCCUUUCUUGCUAGUUCCCUGUCCCUAUAAAUGUAGCUUUCCUCUCCCCAGUCUUCAGUCUUGUUGCUUUAAUAAAGAAGUGUUACUAGAGAACUGUCUCCAGCAUGUUAUAUCAGGAGAGCUGAAAUCACAAACCCCACGUCACAACAACUGGCGACGAGGAUGGGAUCCGGAAUGCUGAGGAGCGGUUAAACGCAGCCCUGCCUCAGAGUCCGGAUUGCAGCUAAGAACAAGACUCACUGACCAGCUGAGAAGACGACCCUGCCACAGGACAAUGGAGAGUCCAAGGGUAUUGGAGCCCUUCCAGCCAUCAGAGCCCGACACGUGGGAAGACUACGUCGAACGCUUCGAGUUCUUCGCAGAGGCUCAAGGGAUCACCGAUGCCAGCAAAAGAAGGGCCACAUUCCUGAGCUACUGUGGGCCUGAGACCUUCAAGCUGGCCAAGGCAUUGCUUGCUCCAGCGAAGCUAAGUGAGACAUCUCUCAAAGAUAUUCUUGCCUGCCUAACAAGCCACUUGGCGCCUACUGAGACCAAGAUGGCUCGGCGGAUGGAGUUUCAUAAGAGGCAGCAGCAUGCUGGGGGAGUCUGUAUCUGCAUUUCUGGCUGAACUGCGGAAGCUCGCUCAGCGCUGCGACUUCCAAAAUCUGGAAGAGACUCUCCUGGAUCGGUUUAUCGGUGGUCUGAGCAGCAAGAAGGCCAGAAGACGCAUCGUGGCUAAAGAAGAGGUUACCCUUGCUUCAGCCUUGAAGGAGGCCACCGCCACGGAGAAUUAUGAAAGAGAGGAGCUUGAUGCCAGUCGCAAGGCCCCUAAGCCACAGAUAGAAGUUGCGCAUGCCAUGGACGAGCUAGAGGCUACUCCGAGCCAGAGCCCAGUCCGUGGGGUCGAGUCAGUGAGUCAGGCCUGCACAGUGCACAAAGAUCACCGAGGCAGGUGCCCAGGUUGUGGCGGAAACCAUGAGCGGAAGAGUUGUCGUUUCCGGGAUGCUAUGUGCCGGACGUGCGGGAAGACAGGUCACAUCGCCAGAGUCUGUAGAUCGGCGGCGUUGGGAGCGACAGGAGCACCUAGACCGGAGCAUCGCAGACCGCCCGCAGCAACCCAUUUUCUAAAGGACUGCCACUACGUUACGGAGAUCAACGGGAGGGUCGUGCAGUUCCCAGCACAAGGCAAGGCACACGUCAAGGUGAAGAUUGAGGGUCAGCAGUGCGACAUGGAGGUGGACUCCGGAUCUGGAUUCACUAUCGUGUCGGACGAGACCGCGAGGACAUUCUUCCCCAGGGGUAAGUUGCCCCCUCUGGAACCCUUCCCGGCAACCUUGCAGUCAUACUCAGCGGGCCGCAUCCAUGUUAUGGGAAUGUGUGCCGUGAGAGUACAGUUCCGGGACAAACAGGCUGUACUCAAACUGGUGAUUGCGAAGGGCAGUCGCCCCAGUCUCCUGGGCACUGACUGGUUCCCCGCCCUAGGACUGAGUAUAUCAGGGCUUAAUUCAAUCCAAACCUGCCCUGAGAUGAGCGAGGCAUUAUGCAAAGAAUUUGCUGGUCUCUUUAAUGGAAAACUGGGUUGUUAUAAAGGGCCCCCAGUUGACUGAGUUGGACCCUGGGGUGGCCCCAAUCCGGCUCAAACCAAGGCGAGUGCCAUUUGCACUGCAACCCAAGAUCGAAGCAGAGCUGGAUAAAUUGGUCAAGCAGGGAGUUCUCUCACCCGUGGACUCUGCUAAGUGGGAGACUCCAAUCGUCACGCCCCUUAAAGCAAAUGGGGAAGUCAGGAUCUGUGCAGAUUACAAAUGUACUAUCAAUAAGGCACUCAGGGGAAACUCAUACCCCAUUCCAGUCGUAUCACAUCUCUUGGCUAAACUGGCUGGGGGCAAGGUGUUCGCCAAAAUUGACCUGGCACAAGCUUACCAACAGCUGCCAGUAACCCCACAAUCAGCGGAAGCACAGACUAUUGUCACACAUAAAGGGGCGUUCAGAGUUAACAGAUUACAAUUUGGAGUUUGUGUGGCCCCAGGGAUUUUUCAAGGGCUCAUGGAACACCUGUUAAGAGGUCUGCCGGGGUCUUGCCAUUUUUGAUGACGUUUUGAUUGCUGGAAAAGACCCUCAGGCACUGGUUGCGCGGGUUCGUGCAGUGUGGCUCAAGUUCACGGAGGUGGGGUUGCAACUGCAAAAGGAAAAAUGCAGUUUUGGGGUGCCAACUGUGGAUUUCUUGGGGUUUAAAGUUGAUGCAUCAGGCAUCCACCCCACAGAUGCUAAGAUUAAGGCCAUCAUCGAGGCGCCACGACCACAGAACAAGACGGAGUUGCAGUCAUUCCUGGGACUUAUUAACUUUUAUCAUUCGUUCUUACCCCAGAAAGCUUCGGUAGCUGAACCAUUACAUAGACUGUUGCAGAGAAAGACUGUGUGGCGAUGGGGGCAGGGGCAGCAGAAGGCUUUGACUCCUUGCGAGGAAUGCUGAGUAGCAGGAGUGUCCUUGCUCAUUAUGACGAGUCAAAGCCUCUGGUCCUGGCAUGUGAUGCCUCUCAAUACGGCCUGGGGCGGUGCUAAGUCAUAGGGAACCGGAUGGGUCGGAAAAGCCCAUCUCUUUCUAUUCCCGUACGUUGUCGCCCACGGAGCGCAACUAUGCUCAAAUUGACAAAGAGGCGCUUGCAAUUGUGGCAGGAAUCAAAAAGUUCCAUGAUUAUGUGUACGGUCGCCAUUUCUACAUUGAAACGGACCACAAGCCACUGUUAGGGUUGUUCAACCCGAACAAACAAACGCCACAAAUUCUCUCCCCCAGAAUGUUACGUUGGUCUAUAUUCCUGAACGGGUUCCAGUACACCUUGACCCAUGUGCUGGGAAGCGGUUGUGCCACGCGGAUGCGCUGAGUCGAUUGCCCCUUCCUGGCGGGAGCACUGAGGAUCCUGCUCCAGCGGAGCACAUAAUGAUGCUGGAAACACUUCCGGGGCUCCUGUAACGGCUACUGAUAUAGCUGAGAAACGAGGAAAGAUGCUGUUCUCUCCCGUGUGCUCACUUGGGUGGGGAGGGUGGCCAGGUGGUCCGCAUGAAGACAAAUUCAGGCCUUAUGCGACUAGGCAGCACGAGUUGUCCAUGCAUAAGGGUUGUCUCCUGUGGGGAGAUAGGGUCAUCAUUCCAGCACCACUGAGAAACAGGGUUCUUGAGACGCUUCACAUGGGACACCCGGGAAUGGUCAGGAUGAAGUCGCUAGCCCGAUGUUAUGUGUGGUGGCCUGGAAUGGACCAGAACAUAGAACAAUGGGUACGAACAUGCAAGGCAUGCCAAGAGGUGCGGCCAGAAGUGGCCAGAGCCCCAGUCCACUGGUGGGAGCAGUCCAGAUCUCCCUGGAGCCGGCUGCACUUAGAUUUUGCUGGGCCAUUCCAAGGAAAGGUCUUUUUGGUUAUCGUUGAUGCAUAUUCCAAAUGGUUAGAAGUGGCGAUGGUCCCUAGCAUGGCAUCAGCUGCCGUCAUCAAGGUGUUGAGGCAGCUGUUUGCAACCCACGGGUUACCUGAGACCAUUGUAUCUGAUAAUGGGGCAGCUUUUGUAUCCCAAGAAUUCAGGGCAUUCUUGGCUGAUAACUUCAUAAGAGGGGUAACAUCCGCACCCUUUCACCCAUCCUCCAAUGGGCAGGCUGAGCGCAUGGUAAGAACAGCCAAAGAAUCCAUUGUGCGCUUAAUGGAGGGUAACUGGUCAGCUCGCAUCGCGCGAAUGUUAUUUUUGCAGCAUGCGACGCCGUGUACCACAACGGGCAAGUCGCCAGCUGAGCUGCUCUUGGGUAGGAGACUGGUAACGGUGCUGGAUUAUGUCCACCCGGAUAAAAUGCCAAACCAUAAUUCAAGAGCAACCCCCCAGGCUGAGACUGACACAACAAGGUAUCUCGCCCCUGAAGAUCUGGUCUGGGUGAGGAACUAUUCACGAGGUUCGCGGUGGGUGGCUGGUGUGGUCACCCGGGCUAGUGGACCUGUGUCCUAUUAUGUGACCUUGGAAAAUGGGCAAGUGUGGAAGAGACAUAUAGAUCAGCUGAGGCGCCGGGCGCUCAGCAGGGAGGAGCCAGAUAAUUCAUCCCAGGCUAACGACGCAGAGCCGCAAGACCAGAGUGAAAAUGGCCCAAAGGUGCAAUCACCAGGGGCUUUAACAAAUGAACCAGGGUCUGCUAGUCCUCACGAUGACGAGGUACAGAUAGGGGACCCUGAGAUGUCGGGGACUCCAUCUGUUCCUGACGAAACCCCUAGAGCAGCCCCUCUACCACAGGUAACACCCAAUCCAGAACCUGCAACACCUGUUGUCAGGAGAUCAAGUAGAAGUUGUAGGCCCCCACAGUACCUGAGAGAUUACGUCUGCUGUGCUCACUAGGGGGGAAGGGGUGUUGUGUAUUGAGUCAAAGGAUUUUAUAUCUGUAUUAUUAUUGUCUGUAUUUGCAUUAGGGAAAAGUAACUGCCUUUUGGUUCCAGAGGGUACAGCUACUAUUGGUUCAUUUAAGCUGCUGUAUUUGGAUCCUCUGUCUUAUUGGUUCCCUCCAAAAGGCAGGACUGUGAUUGCCUGAUAUUGUUCCCUCCAAAAUGUAUCCUUUCUUGCUAGUUCCCUGUCCCUAUAAAUGUAGCUUUCCUCUCCCCAGUCGUCAGUCUUGUUGCUUUAAUAAAGAAGUGUUACUAGAGAACUGUCUCCAGCAUGUUAUAUCAGGAGAGCUGAAAUCACAAACCCCACGUCACAACACCAGGAAUGUUCAAAAGAGUUUAUUUAGUCUGGAUGAGGGCCAAUGUCCUAUCUGUUCCAUUUGAGAUUCCAGUUUAGAUUGCCAAUCCUUGUUGGAUUGGAUUGAAAUCACAAGCAAGUUGGGCAAAUUAAUCAGGGAUUAAUUUGUUUUAUACUAGAACAAAUUUAUGCAUGCUUAAUUUCUACCAAAAAAUGAUUUUUUAAAGAAAUGUAAAAACCAAACUGCUUUUAUUUCAUAGCCGGCCGUAAGUGUGAAAGAGAAGAUGGAUUACAGGGACCUUCCCAGAAAGCUCUCAGAGAAGCCAAGGAACACAAAGUAUUUACUGGUGUUAAUCCGUAUGACUCAGCCAAAGAUCCAACAAAACAGAUGGGCAAGAGAUAUCCAAAGGUAUGCCAAUUCUCAUUUUGCCUAUUUUUGUAGAAUUUGGCCUCAUGUUCAGUGUUUUAAUAUUGUUACAAAAAGUAUUGGGUUUAUGUGAUAGCAAACACCACCAUGAUUAACCAUAUCGCUGUUUGCUGAAAGAUUCUGUAGCUUCCUACAGCUUAUCCCUCUUUGUAUUCCAGAAGCCAACUGGUGACUCCUGUGUAGCACCAGUGCUGUUGGUGUCAACUGGUUCUGGAUUCUGAGGCUUACAGCUGAGAAACACUGGCUCUUCUAAUUUUUUUCUAUGUGGACAGAGGAUGGCUCAGAAGUGUUAAAGGGGGCAGCGAUACAGUGGAACCUUGAAUGCUUCAGAAAUCGAACAUUUUGGCUUUCUAACACCAACAACCCGGAAGUGAAUGCUUCCGUUUUCGAACGCGCCUCUGCAGUCAAACAGCUCUUGAGGCGCGUUUCUCCAUUUUUUAAAUGGAUUUUGCCAACCGGCAAUUGUGCCUCGGUUGUUGAACGUUUCAGAAGUCGAACGGUCUUCCGGAAUGGAUUACGUUCAACAACCAAGGUUCCAUUGUAUGAGAAAGUUGCUAGGGGGCACCCAGAGGAUAAUGGAGUAAAGGUACAGGCAAGUCCUCAGAUGUGUGGGGGGGGUUGCUUUCUGGGUCAUUGUGCCCCCUCCACCCCAUGUAGCUCCCUCCCCAUUCAGCCCCCUUCCAGGGCCGAAAACAGUGUGUGUUGGCAGUUGUGCACAAAUUGAACGUGCACAAAAUGGCUGCUGCCUGUAUUAUAUUUGGGUAGGGAGAACUUGAAAAAUAUAUUUCUAUUUAUGAAAGAGUCACAAUCCAGUCCAACAUAAAGUACAUUCUGCUGAUUUCAAGUCCUGUUCACCCUGUACGUAACACUGUCUCAUCCACAUUCUAACCAGCUGAGCUGUCCAGGCCAAGGCACACCUUUGAUGUUUCUCCUGCCAGGAAGAUGUUCAAGUUCCCAUUGCAUGUUUUUCUGAAGCAUUAUCUGUUUCCUUUCUGUUACAACAAAAGUUGUGUGUAUUGAAUAAGCGCUGUUCUGUUAGUACAACUCCAACCCAGGAAUUUCCUUUUCUGUGCUUAAUAUUGUCCUUUUUGGCUUUUUCCUCCGGCUUACAUUCAUGGUUAUAUUAGUUGUGUUAGGAAGAGGUGUUUUUGCUUGUUGCAUCAGGUGGAUACUUUCUCAACCCCCUUCAUAUUUUGAAAGGCCUGCAUGGGGGGGGGGGGUUUGCACUGCAUAGCCCUGUCAUGUGUGCGAGCCACACGCCUUCCUGCCACAUAUGAAGAGUUGUACAAUCUAGACUGGUUUGCAGGUGUGUGUGUGUGUGUGUGUGUGUGUGUUAGUGGAACCUUUAGCCCUGCUAGGGUUUUCUUCACUGUCUGAGGUUUUUGGGGAACAGAAGUCAGACUUGAGGGAAAUAGAUCUUCUUCAGAUCAGUUUUACCUUAGCGCUUUGUAUUCUAAGUGGCCUAGGCCUCAAAAUCAGGAGAGCUCUCACAUUAAGCAUCUGUCUUGGUUGCCAGACGAGCCGUGCUCAUUUGAGCUCAGAAUUCUUUAAUCCUAUAUGUUUGUCUUUUGAUGUCCAUUUAUUCAAUUUGCACUGUAAUGCCAUCUCAGGAUAUUUCUGACUUCAAGAUCUAUGAUGUAAUUUUUACUAAAGAUGCCAGGCUGAACUUUGAAUAUAUGAAGAAUGAUGUCCUCAGUCUGGUAUUUUAAAAUUAAAUUGAACCAUAAGAGGGCUGUUUAUCUGUGGGAAUUAACAUUCCUGUGAGACACAUGUUUACCUAGCUCAGAUUGCAGACUGUGCUUGCAGAAUAUCUGACCAGUAUAUUAAAUAGGUCAACAAAUUACUGUCUUUGUGUGAGUUGAUCUAGCCAGAUCAAAGACACUGCACUAUGUUAUUUCUUCUCCUUGUUACUCAGAGUUUGGGAAAGGUUAAAGAACAAAAGAGGGAAAUUAUUAAUAGCUACUAGGACUACAAUCAUACGUUCAGUUGCUUGAGAAUAAGCCCCGCUGAACUCUGUACAAAUAGCAAUAUAUGUUUGUUAAGCAUUUAAAUAGAACUAGCUAUCAAUUUUAAGGUGUAAUUGCAUAUACCCAGACACACCCCUGCCCAUAGGUGCCAUCUAGGGUGUCCUGGGGGGGGGGCAAGGGCCCCCUCCCCCAAAAUCUGCAGUGGCUGUGCAUGCACACUGCACAACAUGCUCACAUUAAUUCCGCAGCACGUUGCGCAACAUGCUGACAUUACACACGUUGUGCAGCGCUGGCCCCCUCAAUCUCCAACUCCAGCACUUUCAACUGUCUGAAUAUCUCCUGCUCUUUGAAACAAGUCCACCCUUUCUCUCUUGCUUUGGCAUCUUCGGAACACCUCCUAGUUCAGCAGUUCCCAACCUAGUGCUCUCCAGAUGUUUAGGGUAUGACCAUUGGCCAUACUUCCUGGGGCUGGUGGGAGUUGAAGUCAAAAGCAUCUGUUGAAUAUCAGGUUGGGGGAAACUGCCCUAGGCCCAGUACCCUGUGACUAAGCCAAAGUAUGUGUGACUGAAAUAAUUACUUCUGCCUCCAUUUCCAUUUUCUUUCUCUAUUGUUUCCAGCGUCUGUUUUUAGUUUUUCAAGUCCCUUGGGAAAAGAACUUCUCAUACCAUUUUGGGGGGUGAAGUGCCUUUUGCAUUGCGUAGCUGAUGCUAAAUAAAUAAAUAAUCCGAAGGGCCAUUAACUAGAACUAAGGCCCACUAAAAUUGUGGCUUGCUGCUAGACAGUUAAUAGUUAGCUAGUAAAUUAACCACAAUUUUUGGACCUCUAUGUGAUAUUGUAGUUAACAAUGAUAAUUGUUAAUACUUAUUUCCAUUUUAAUGCCUCUUUUUAUAAGUUAUUCAUGAAUGGUUUUCCACCACUGAAGUGUGAUUCAAAUACCAAGUAGGACCGCCAAAGCCUUAAGCCUAACUAAAAAGGGCUCAGGUGCUCAUUUAUGGCAGUAUUUAUUUUAGAAAUUAAUAAUUCUAUCCUGAAUUAUGGAUUUUCCUCCUAAAUCUUUUUCACAAUAUUUAAACAAAGCUCUGCAUAUGUAAAUAUAUCCAAAAGAAAUAAAAUCAGCAUUAGCAUUUAGUUUUUCCUGAUGCUGAAUCACACUAAUAUGCCACAAGUAAAUUGGACUUACGUAAUAUUACUUUUUCUGAUACCCAGUGUUAUUUACAUUGUAUUUUUUAAACACUGUUUGACUCCUGGGAGUAUAAAAUUAAAUCUUAAUUGUUUUCAUAUUGUGCUGAAACUAUAUGUGCAAGAAGAUGCCAAGUCUACAUGCCAACUGGUUUAUGAAUUAAUAAUUGGCAGGAUUAGUUUGCUUCAUAGUCAACCCUUGGAAUGCAUAUUUGGUCUUAAAAAUAAUUUGUCACUUUCCUCAGUUGGUUUUCCUUCUGACAAGAUUGUAGAUACUUAUUUCUUGUCCAUUGAUUCACAACAGGUUCUAGUUCUCCAGUGUGCUGUGUUCUGACCGCAGUUUAACAACAUACCGUACUUGUUCCUCUACAGGUCUAAGAGGUGACCUCACAGAUUUUAGGGGGGUUAGCUAUGGAUGUGGUUCCUUUGUUAACUAGCAGCUUUCAUUAUUAAAUCCUUAUCCUUCUACUGCAAAAGCCAGUGUGUAAGGGUAUUGCAGUUUGGUCCAUAACAAUGCAAGUGCUUAAUUUUAUUUUAGCAGAACAUGCUGCUUUUGCUGGCUCAUAGUGCAAUCCUAUACAUAUCUACUAAGAAGUAAACGCAGUUGAGUUCCCAUGUAUAUUUGUGUAGGAUUGCUGCCUUGAAAUGAUAUCUGCUUCUACCACUUCAUUCAGUUUUGAAAUGUUACUAAUUCUUGUAUACAUUGCCAAAUGCUCCUUCGUGUUUAUUUAGAAUAGAAUUUCAAAAAGAAUACUGUUGGGUUGAAAUCACGACAGACGAGUGGUAGGUGUCAUGUGAGAGGCGUCUCCCCGGGGCGAGCCCCGGGAACUCUCUUUUAUUGAAUAUUAGAAACAUUGCCACAGGUGUGCUUGUGGCUGAUUGGUUGAUACAAACACAAAGCAUCUUGUUGCUGAUUGGUUAACAUAGGUACAAGGCGGGAAUAACAUAUUACAUCAAUCACUGAUAGAUUAAAGACUGGGAACGGAGCUGGAACUAGACAGGCAUGAAACCUCCUAAUUAAAUUAUAACUAAAGAUUGAUAUUGAGAGAACAUAACAUGAAGAAAUACAACAAUCACGUUCCGUAGAUGUGGUCAGCAAUGCAUUAAGAACAGGUCAGGAUACACUGUUUCAUGAACUCAAUGGGAACUGUUCAGAACAUUCUCAGACUCUUGUGCAGAAGCAGAGAAAAGAUUAUGAGCAAGACUUCCCAGAAUGCAAGAGUUAUGUGCAGUAAGAGAACUGCAGAAAGAGAACUUCGCAGUAAGAGAACUGCAGAAAGAAAACUUCCCUUCAUCUCCCCCUUUCUUUUCUUGUUUGCGAGGCGUUCUAGGUAGAUAAGGCAAAAAUACAUCGGGAUUAGUGGUGUGCCAGCGAAUGCCCGAAAUAAGCCUGCCAGGGUCGAUGGGACAAAAAUACUUCAGGAUACGUGGUUUGCCAGCGCAUGCCCAAAAUAAAUCCGCCCACAUCUCCCCUAAGGUUUACUGUUGGUGUUGCCAUUUCGCAAAGUAAGCAGCAAGGAGUUUACUUGGUGGUUGAGGGGGAGAGAGAAGCCGAGAGAAAAGACUUAUGAGGCUAGGAACGCAUUGAAGGAAGCAGCAUAGUAAAAUAAGAAUACAAAUUAUGACAAUAGCAUAUUGAAAGAAGACCACGAAGCCAAGUAAAGUUUGGCAGCCAAGCAGUAAGCCACUGGGUGAAAGAAUCCCAGAGGCCAGAAAAUCCAAUGUCCUGUUUGAUGUGGUGUGUAAGAUUUUGCAAAUGAGAGAUUUGGCUUUGAAUGGCUCUUCAGAAUUAUCAGUAAUAUUGAAACAACACAUGUCAUUCACUUGUUCACAGCCAUAAUGAUGAAGCAUCAGCAAAUAGUGAUAGCAGCACGAUUUCAUAAAAGUCCAUAGUGGAGUUCACUGUUCUUUAUUCAAAAGGUGAAGAGGUUAUGAAGUGAAAUUCAGGGCUUUUUUGCUGCAGAAUAGGCUAAAGAAUUAAUGUUCAUACGAUUCCGUGCAGCCAAUCCAGGGACUCCUAAGAGAGAAACAACUAAAAAGAUAUAUUUCAGACCUACUGAGAAAAGAGACAAAAGCAUCACAAUCAUUAGUCAAUUCAAUAUUGCAGCGAUAUCGAGAGCGGGAUAAAUGAUGCUUCUUGGGUAAAAUGAUGGACAAACGGCUUAAACAGCAAGGUGUGCCAUGGCUGAUGUAUUGCUGGAAUGUAAUUAAACGUAUAGCCAGGACACGACCAGAAGAUUUCCAGUUGGGGGAAGUGCAAGCUUACUCAUUAAAUUGAAUGGUAGCUUGUAAUUGUUGUAGUAAGUCUCUUCCCCACAGAUUGAGGUGGAUUUUCAGCACACAGGGCUGGAUGUAAGCAAUGGUUUCAGAGCUAUCAGGCAGAGAAACAGGCAGCCACUGUACGCUCUUGGAAGAGGUUUGGGGGCCACCCACACCCCAGACUGCAGAGGCAGACUCAAGGGGCCACGUGGGGUCCCAGCAACUACUAGAAAUUACAGAAACGUCUGCGCCUGUGUCAGUCAAGCCUUCCAGCACAAUACCAUUGAUUUUAUACUUACAAAGAAGUUUCUUCUCACCAAUCCUCUGGACUACAGCUAACAGCUGUGGAGGGAAAGAAGAGAGCUCGUGCAAAUUAGUAUCCUUAAUAGAAGCAGAAGGAUGAGAAGGGAGCACCACCAAAUGCGCCCAAGACUCACCCUUUUUUAAUUGCAUGGGCAUAUGGCUCCAGAGUUGAACCAUUAUUGUGCCUACAUAGUCAGGAUCCAGAACUCCAGGAAUAACCUGGAUUCCUUCUUUUGCCGCAGAAAAUUUGGGUAAAAUUAAACCUGCGACUUUAGGAGGCAGUGGGCCUGCCAAUUGAGUGGGCAUAAGCACAAUUUCACCAGGUAAAACAGAGUCUUUGGUCUCUUGAUUGAUCAAAUCAAUGGCAAAUUCAGAGGGUGUGCUUUUUGAAAAGUUUGCAGCAGCAGAAACUAAAGGUGGAAAACUCUCUAAUUGCCCUGGCCCGAGAGUGGGGCCGCAAUGGAGUUUCCCGGACUCCUGCAUUGAUUAGCCCAAUGAUAGCCUUUGCCACAUUUCGGGCAUUUUUUAGAAGGUUUAGCCUUAGAGGCAGCACCAUCCUUGUUGGCCCCCCCGCCAGGGGCUCUGCAUUGCUUGGCAAAAUGGCCUGGGCGCUUGCAAUUAAAGCAGUUACCAGUAGGCCUAGUGGUUGCUUGGAUUGCGCCGGCAAGCAAAGACAUCGCAUGGCUCUGGCUACCGACAUCCGCACAAGCUUGAAUCAUAUCGGCCAGGUCAUAUUUAGGGCGAUGUAUGAUUGACUGCAAACUUUCUUGCAAUCAGUGUUUGCGUUUUCAAAGGCCAAUUUUUUCAUCAAUUCAUUUUGAGCAGUGGUGUUAUCAAUCUGCCUAGUGACUGAUUCUUUCAAUCUAUCUAUAAACUGAUGGUAUGGCUCCGAAUGCUGUUGCUUAAUAUUUACAAAGGAGCUCAGCGGUUGCCCAGAAACAGGGACUUUCCGAAAGGCGCGUUGUACACAGGUCGCGGUGUGAACAAAAUGUACAGGUGUCAGUGUUACUUGGGCAGUUAUAUCAGCAAACUGACCAGCACCAUAAAGUUCAUUGGCAGUAUGUUGAGAAUCAGACAGGGCUGAUGCGCUAUGUUUAAAUUCACUCUCAAACACCACAUACUGAGCUGGGGACAAAAGCAUGCGCAUCAGGUCUUUCCAGUCCUGAGGUAGCAUAAUGUAACCAGUUGCUAUGCCUUCUAGCAUUCCUGUCACAUAAGAGGAUUUUAGACCAGAAUCAGCAAUGGCUUUCUUUAAUUCUCUCAUUACAGAAUAAGGAAGCGAUUCAUAAUAAACCUGCUGUUGAGCAGUUCCAGGGUUUGAAUAGGUGAUAGGGAAAGCAGACGGCAUUUCACCUGGCCACUCAGACUCCUCCUCUAAGGACAGGAUCCCUUUCUGCCUUGCCAAAGAGAGCGCAGCGCGCACAGCUCCUAUAGAGCAAACAGGGGCUGUGGCAGGAGGAGGAGGGAUGGGGGGGAGGAAGCAGGCUGAGGUGGAGGGAUGGGGGGGGAGGAAGCAGGCUGAGGUGGAGGGAUGGGGGGGGAGGAUGCAGGCUGAGGAGGGAGAGACGCAGGGAGGGAUUGGCUGGGCUGCAAAGGAGAAGGAGGUAAAAGUUUCGGGUAAGGUGGGGGAUCGUCUGCUAUGGCCAGAAGUGCAGGGGCCGAGCGAGACGCCUGUGGUAAUUUAGCAACGGCAUCUGCACAUUUCUGCCAAGUGAGCAGACAAUGAAUCGGAGCCCUAGGUUCUGCAAAAAGGGUCUUUCCGAUCUUUUGCCAAGUCUCUACCUCCAAAGAACCUUUCUCUGGAUAGGAGGGAUAUUGGCAAGAAAUCUCACAUAGCAAUUGUUCAAUUUCUUUUAAGGAAAUAUUAACACCCACCUCCCGCUGUCUAACUAAAUAAAGCAAUUCUUUAGCAUGCUCUUUCUGGAAUUUAGUCAAUUCCCCUCCCAUACUCACGAAGUAGCUGAGACUUUUCCAGUCGGGUGAAGUAUGAGGUUUGGCUGCGUAAGGGAUCUGGCACGUCAGGGGUCACCAGAUGUUGGGUUGAAAUCACGACAGACGAGUGGUAGGUGUCAUGUGAGAGGCGUCUCCCCGGGGCGAGCCCCGGGAACUCUCUUUUAUUGAAUAUUAGAAACAUUGCCACAGGUGUGCUUGUGGCUGAUUGGUUGAUACAAACACAAAGCAUCUUGUUGCUGAUUGGUUAACAUAGGUACAAGGCGGGAAUAACAUAUUACAUCAAUCACUGAUAGAUUAAAGACUGGGAACGGAGCUGGAACUAGACAGGCAUGAAACCUCCUAAUUAAAUUAUAACUAAAGAUUGAUAUUGAGAGAACAUAACAUGAAGGAAUACAACAAUCACGUUCCGUAGAUGUGGUCAGCAAUGCAUUAAGAACAGGUCAGGAUACACUGUUUCAUGAACUCAAUGGGAACUGUUCAGAACAUUCUCAGACUCUUGUGCAGAAGCAGAGAAAAGAUUAUGAGCGAGACUUCCCAGAAUGCAAGAGUUAUGUGCAGUAAGAGAACUGCAGAAAGAGAACUUCGCAGUAAGAGAACUGCAGAAAGAAAACUUCCCUUCAGAAUACUAUAUCCAACAUCAAGUACUAAGAGAAUUUAAAUGUAUUCCUGAAAUAAUUAGUGAGUGUUUUAAAGGAUUGUAGAUAAAUGACUAGUAAAUGUUUCUGUAUUUUAUUCACAAUAAUUCUUUGUCUGGUACUUCAGCAGCCAUCCUUUCAUUUUUAGUGUUCUCACAAAAAAGGUUAAGAGUUAUCAUGGCCAAAAACCUCGCUUUGGAAUGCUGAAUUCAAAUUACUGAGUCCCAACUGUUGUUCCUGUUAAGUUGUGGGUGAACGUAUCAGACGACACAGCGAUUCUUCAAACAGCUCUUGUUUAUUCACAGGCCAGAACAGAGCAGGGCUGAAGGGUUCAGCCAGCCUGCUUAUAUACAGCUCAACUACAAAGCAACAGUAACAACUCUCUGUACAUAUCCAAUCACUGAACGUCACUUCCAAUUCCUUAUUUGCAUAUGUGGACCUGAGUGAAAACUAUCUGUAGUAUCCCCCUGCUGGCCCAGGAUGAGAACUUCAGUACAUAACAGUUCCUGCAGUCUUAUUCCUAGAUGCUCCUUUGUUUCUGACUUACAGCAUGGAAAUGUGCUGAGCAAGGUGAGGUAGUUCAUGCUGCAGCCCUUGUCUUCCCCCUACAUUGGGACUAAGUGUUAAUCUGAUUCCUGAGAAAGGGUCCUGGGUUCAGCAAAAGCCUGUACCCAAGUCCCUAAAAGGCUCAAAAGGGUGCUACUGCAGAUCAAUACCUCCUUAAACUUCAAUUGGAACUUGUAGGAGCUGUUAGCUUGAUUCCCUGCUUCUACUUUCUCUGAAGUGCUUUUUCAAGCAGCAGAGCCAGUGUAACACAAAACAGGUCUUCACUUUUUGGCAGGACGCCAUGGGGGGGGCAAGGCCCCCCAAAUUUUGAAGCAGGGGGCUUGGCCCCCUCAAUAUUGCACAGCCUGUGACAGGCCCUGUCAGGCCUAAAUGCAGCCACAGCGGACCCUGCCGGGCGUCCUCCCGGCGUAUGACAUCACACACAUGUGCCAGGCUCCCCAAAGUUGGGCAGAACCCGGUGCGUAUGCUAUCUGGGCAUGCCCUGAUGCUGUCCAGAGUAGACUGGCUUGAUGUAAAUGUUUGCUUUUCUGACUAAGGGCUUAUUCAUACUCCUCUGCCCACUUCGCUGCUGCCCCAGGGAAAAUCACUCUUUAGUGCUCAGAGGAGUACGGAGAUGUUAAAAAAAUAUAUAUUUUUAUAAGUGUGUACCCUUGUUUCUCAACACACACACACACACACACACACACACACACACACACACAGGCCAACAUAAGGUAAGAGUACCUACAUACAGAAGUAAGGUAAAGGUAAAGGGACCCCUGACCAUUAGGUCCAGUCGUGACCGACUUUGGGGUUGCGGCGCUCAUCUCGCUUUACUGGCUGAGGGAGUCGGCGUACAGCUCACGUGGCCAGCAUGACUAAGCCGCUUCUGGCGAACCAGAGCAGUGCACAGAAACGCCGUUUACCUUCCCACCGGAGCAGUACCUAUUUACCUACUUGCACUUUGGGCAUGCUUUCGAACUGCUAGGUUGGCAGGAGCAGGGACAGAGCAACGGGAGCUCACCCCGUGGCGGGGAUUCGAACCGCCAACCGUCUGAUCGGCAAGUCCUAGGCUCUGAGGUUUAACCCACAGCGCCACCUGCGUCCCUACAUACAGAAGUAGAGCAUGCUAAAUAGGCAAUAGGGCAACUGUAGAAGUAGGGAGUACACAUACUCAUUCUCUCAACUACAAUAGACCAGCAUAAGAUAAAAAUAUAUAAAGCACCUAAAUCAUGUGGCAUGGUUUUGUGGUAUUUGUCAUUUUGUAAGUUUUUGUGGUAUUUUAUGCACUGACUUGCCGUUACUUUUAUUGAUUAUAGUUCAGUAAUUCUGUAUUGUCAUUGUUAAGUGUAAACUGUUUAAUUAUUAUUUGCUGAUAUUUAAUGAUAUUUAAUGAUGAUACUACUACUACUAUUAUUAUUUAUUGAAUAUUGUUUUAUUUGAUAUAAAUUAUUUAUUUCAAAGUUAUGUUUUUAUUAUGACUUUGUGUAUUGGAUAAGAUUGUUAUUAAGUGUCUGAUCUUUGCUCUCUAUGUAGUUGUUUCUUCAGCUUGUAAACCACCUUGUGUAUAGUAAUAUAGAAAGGCGGUAUACAAAUUAAAAGAAAUGAAAUGGAGCAAACAGCAAUUCUGAUUUUCUCUGGAUUGAUGUUUGCUCUGAUUUAGCACUGUAGAAUGAGUUUUCCCUGGGAAAGGAACGGGGCAAGGGGGACCCACGCCUAAAAACAGCAGGUCAAAUGAAAAACUGCUCAGACCCAUGAUUUCUAUUCAUGGGACAAGCAGAAGUAUGAAUAUAUCCUGUUGAUUUCUUUUUUAGUCAGCUUGAGGCUGAACAGGCAGUGUGUUCCGUGUUGCAGAUUUGCUAUUCUUUCCCCUUCUGUGUUGGACAUUACAUGAUGAGGGAUGGUUCAGUUGGUAGAGCAUGAGACUCUUAAUCUCAGUUUGUGAGUUCAGGCCCCACGAAAGAUUUCUGCAUUUGGAGGGGGUUAGAAUAGAUGAUCCAUUUGGUCCCUUCCAGCUCUACAGUUCUUUGAUUCUAUCACAUUUUUGUAUCUCCUUUUUCUCUUCAGGUUUGAAAAUGACAUUGUAGAGGCAUUAUUGACUCCAGCGUGUACACUCAUCCCACGGGUGUUUCUGAUUAUAGGCUUUCCAUGUUUGUAAUGCUUUAAAAUGGCAAGUCUCUUAGCACAUUCACAUGCUGACGGUUUCUUCCUUCCUUUCUAAAUUCUAUUUUAAGGCAUUGUCUUGAACCUACUAUGAGCCACAAUUGGUCACACCAGCACUUUGUAAGGAGACCAUCCUGUCACAUUUAUUAUUUCUUGUGGAUGAAAGCUUCAGCUUUUGUUAGUAUGCUUUCCCCCUCAAAGUCUGCAAAAGAAAACAUCUUUGUAGACCCAUAAAGCAUUUCUGCAGCACCUGUAAACAAAUUGUAGCCAUGAAGUAAUAGAGGACAAAUUGAGACUGUCUCCUGUGAUUUGAAUCCGUUGCAAGCAAUUUCCCCAGGUUUCCCUAGGUUAACAAGUAAAGAGAACAAUAAACAAAUAGCGGGGGGAAAUCCCCGUAUUCUGAUACUUUUAAAAACAUUCACGUAGUAUGAGUGCUUACUUGUUUGCAUAAGAAUUUUUUAUGCAUACCUGUCAUCCUUCAAACAGGACUAAACCUCCACACUUUCUCUAUAGAGGUCUUCAGUUCUUAACAUUGAAUGAAUUCAUUUAUUAUUUUAUCAGUUUAGCAAUUACACAAACAGCAGCAGCAGCAGAUCUGGAUGCUUCUGGUACUUAAAGGUGUCUCCUUGCAUGCAUUUAGCCCAAGGGGAUGGCUCAGCUUGUCUUUUGUUGUUCACUCACUAGCAGAAUCAGUAAUAGGAUGCUUUUAAACAGCAACAAGAUUUCCAAGCUUUAUCAUCUCGCAUUUUGAAAAGGAUUUCCAUGUGGUACAGUGCUGAGGUAUUUGGAAACAGCAAAAAAGAGGUCCCUCAAUUUUUUGAAAACUAUCUCCAUGUUGAGAAUUAUUAGAAAGUACUCCAAAGUACUUUUACAGUGAAACUUCAUAUUGAGAGUGGUCUAUGAAAAAGUGGAAGACACAGAAUUCUAUUUAGUCUCCCUUGUCCACAUAGCUUUUAAUCAUUCUUUCAUAAAUAUAGAGAAAUUCCUUACCCCGCACCACCAAAAGCUGAAUAAAGCCCAGAAUCUAUUGUGGCAAAUUCAGAGAGGAGGGAGUAUAUCUCUUAGUCUGCUGUGUGUUUUCUACUGUAUUGUACAUACCCAAGUGACUAAUCACAUGAGGCAAUUAAUAAAUAUAAAAUAUUAAUAAAUAUAAAAUAUUUUAUAAAAUAUUAAUAAAUAUAAAAGCAAUGAAGAGUUUUGUGGUACAUUAAAAGCUAAGAGAUUUGUUUUGGUAUGAAUUUUUGUGGGCUGCAGCCCACUUCACUAUGUACUAUGCACCUGUGUUUUGAUUUGUUGGUUAUCUUUGUGCUCUCCAUAAAUGCCAACUCUUUGGGGCUGAGGUCCCUUCAACCCCUCCCAAUAAAAGAUUUGAGGGGGUUGCCCCCCCAGCUGAUCAGCAUCAUCAUUCAAAUGGUCUCUGUGGUGUGUGUGUGUGCGUGUGUGCGCGCGCUGCGUCAUGUGAUCCAUUAUGUGGAGCAGGGCUUACCUGGGCCCCCAAAUAUUUUAUUCAAGUUGGCACUCCUGGUGCUCACUCCAAUGUGUGAUUUAUUUUAGAAACUUACCCUGAUUAAAUUUAGACCUCUUAAGUGAAACUGAGAAUGUAUUAAUAUUGUCUUCCCCAUGUCAUUUCAUGGGGUUCAACUGCCAUGGCUAUUUCAAUACUACCGGUAAUCACUUUGUUGCAUUUCCCCACAUAUUAAUGGCUCUUUAUUUGAAUUGAAGCCUUUCCUUCCACAUUCAUGCUGAGAAUAGCUGCAUUAUUUUGUGCAGGACAUUUAGGAGCUACUGAGUCAAUGGCCAUGGUCAGUUUUCAGCUACGGUAUGCCAUUGACUGAGCAGCUCUUGACAUCAGUGGGCAGGUGCCCCAACUAGACAAAUUUGGAACCAUAGAAUCUGUAAUUCUCCAGAGAAUGCUGAAGUCUUGCAGUAAAAUAAGUCUGAAGAUUCUCAGCACCAAAUUUCAGCUGUUGGUUUAGUGAGAGCUUAUCCAUGCUUCCUUUUGUGCCGUGCUUCUAGGCUCAGGUCUGCACUUUAAAGCUCUAUAUCCAAGCACUUAUUCUUUUGCCCCAGAGCUUUCCCUGCAAAAACCUGCUCUUUACUGCUGAAUUAGCGCAAACAGCAAUCUGCGAAAAACCCAAAUUGUCGUUUAUUCUGAUUUAGCGUUAAAGAACGGCUUUUCCUGUGGAAAGUUGCGGGGCAAAAAAAGGGGGGGAAGCGGUCAGAAAUGGAGCUUUAGAACACGGGCCUAUGCCUAGAAAGCAUGGGGCAAAAGGUACAUGUGGACGAGCCCUCAGAGAAAAGGUUAUUUCCAGCAGAUUCCUUUAGGGGAAUUGGAAACAACUUUCUUUCCAUGUCGUUAUCCCCUCUCUUCCUUUUCCCCUGCCCCACUGCACACACUCUGAAUCUUAACUGAGAGCUAAUCAAGGAAAAAUAGGGUAUCUUUCAGACACUUCUUUCAGGUAUCAGAAAGAACCUCUAUUCUGUCAAGACUGCAAGUUUAGAAGAGAUUAUUGUGAGUGCACCAGAAUAACAAAUCUUUUGUGUAAGUUUGUGGCACUUUUUAGAGUACAAUUCAUUUUUAACUCACCAUGCCAUCUGCUGUAGCCCCCAUAAAUAAUUUAUCCCCUGUCUAGAGAUUUUAGAGUGAGUUACAGCUCUUGAAUAACAAUUUGCACUUAGGAUAGCCACAAAAGCAUAUGGUAUUACAUUUUGGUGUAUAGAGGCCAGGUGGUAAUAAACUGAUUUUAUUCUUCUUCAGCUUUUUCUGCACCAGGAAAUGGAUCCACAGUAAAACAAAAUGAGUGUACCAACUCUUUGUGAGAUUAUAGUUGAAAACUUUUUGGGAAGGUAUUAAAAAACUCUGAAAGAAGUGCAAGUGCAGGCACAUUUCAACAGGGUUUCUGGAUUUGUCUUGGGUGUGUUUGUUUGUUUAUUUGUGUAUGUGUAUGUGUGAUGGUUGGAGGUCAAGGUGGUUCAGUAUUAAACUGAAAUUUAAAUUCAAAAGGAUCUCACCUGAAAAGAAACAAUUCAUGAAUACUGUAGAAUUAUUGGAAAAUUAGAAACAAUGUUCUGGGCUUAGCCUGUUCAUUCCCAAAUUCAUCCAUCCAUCUUCCCCCGGCCCUAGUCACAUCUGCACCAUACAUUUAAAGGACAUAGUUUCUCCAAAAGAAUCCUGGGAACUGUAGUUUGUUAGAGGUACUGGGAAUUGUAGCUCUCUGAGAGUAAACUACAAUUCAGAGGGUUAUUUAGCGGAAGCCACGAGCUUAAAUGUAUGGUGUGGAUAUUAUCUCUCCACUUAAAUUAGCUCUUGGCUCCAUUCAGCUUUGGUCCCUUCCCACUGCAGCAAAUCUCUGCUACAGCAAGCAAAUUGAUUACUGGAUCCUAGAAAAUGGGCAGCACCUCUCACUCUUAUUUAUGAAAUAAACUUAGGUACAGCAGCUGUUUUUUAAAAUCUGGUUUUCCUACAGGAGUUUUCCAUCACCCUCCCCACUCAGCUAAUUUUCACCCCUUACAGGAUCCUUGUAUUUCUGCAAGAAAUGAGUUUUAGAAUUGCCCAGCAUUUUUUGUUUGGCCCCCCAGACAGAGGCUCAAGGAAAUAGUGUCCUUAUACCUCUAGUGGCACACCUCAGCUAGCAGCUUUGCAGGUUUUUGAAGGAUAUUGAAAUGUAGUUGUCCCAAGAAUACCUUUGAGACUCUGGUAUGGGAUCAGGCAUGCAGCUCAGUGUUCAACUGGGAAGGAAGUUUAAAAUGAAAUCGGUCAUUACUGCAGAUGUGUUUGGAUAUAAACAAGAACUCAGAAUGACAAACAGGAUGGGGAUCAUUAUUGACGCAGGGUCCCAUGGAGCGUGGUUUCCUUUCUUUCUAAAAAUAUUUCUGGGAGCCAAUCAGCCUCAGCUCUCAAUCCUGCAAUAGCCAAUUGCAUUUUCAAAACCAACUGCUGUUAAUUGUCUCACUGAAUUGUUACUAGGGUAAUUCCUUCACCUAACUCCAAUACUGGUUGGGAUUCAGACUGCUGGCUAUGUGAGGACAUUAUUGCUUGUCUGUUCCUACUGCCAAACAGCUUUAUGAGAAAUGGCAGGUCCACAUUCUUCUAUAUUAGCUGUAUUUUUUUUGAUAUUUGUGUCUUAUCAGGCCACUCUUAUACAAAAACUAGUAGCCUGGGAGAUAUCUCUGAUACAACUGCCAGCAAAUCAUUAAUUGUUUAUAAAUGUGUUUACCAGUUUAUUUUGGUACUAAUAAACAAACACUUCUUAUACAGUGGUACCUCGGGUUACACACACUUCAGGUUACAGACUCUUCAGGUUACAGACUCCGCUAAUCCAGAAAUAGUACCUUGGGUUAAGAACUUUGCUUCAGGAUGAGAACAGAAAUUGGGCUCCGGCGGCGCAGCGGCAACUGGAGGCCCCAUUAGCUAAAGUGGUGCUUCAGGUUAAGAACAGAUUCAGGUUAAGAACAGACCUCCGGAAAGAAUUAAGUACUUAAGCUGAGGUACCACUGUAAUUUUAUUGAGAUCAUUAGGGUGAACAUAGAAACUCACUUAUUAAGUUUAAUCUGUCUCAAGAACCCUUUUAUAGACUCAUUUAUAUUUCUGUUGCAAGAAUAUAUAGGAAGGUUUUGAAAAGACUUUAAGAAGUGGUGCAGUUAAAAUUUCAUCUUAGUACAUAGUGUGUGAGCCCACUGGUAAAAUAACUGUGUGUGCGUGAUGAACACACACUAAACAAUCUAGUGCUUGCUUACAUUUUCAUAUGAAAUAUAUUUAGUUUUUAAAAUAAAUAUAAGUUGGAAGCUAAACCCCACCAAUGUCAACAGGAGCAUCUCUAGUCAUGCAUAAGGAAUGCUACCAAUUCUUUACACACACACUCAGUAUAGUUCCUCAUAUAUUCCAAAAAGUCUCUUGGGAGAGUUAAGGUACUCUCAAGUGGUGUAUGAUGUGGCAUGAGGAACUACAGUCUCAGAAUAGUAUUUCAUUUAUUUAACAUAAGUUUGUUGUUUAGUCGUUUAGUCAUGUCCGACUCUUCAUGACCCCCUGGACCAGAGCACGCCAGCCACUCCUGUCUUCCAUGGCCUCCCGCAGUUUGGUCAAACUCAUGCUGGUAGCUUUGAGAACACUGUCCAACCAUCUCGUCCUCUGUCGUCCCCUUCUCCUUGUGCCCUCCAUCUUUCCCAACAUCAGGGUCUUUUCUUCUCAUGAGGUGGCCAAAGUAUUGGAGCCUCGGCUUCAGGAUCUGUCCUUCCAGUGAGCACUCAGGGCUGAUUUCCUUAAGAAUUGAUAGGUUUGAUCUUCUUGCAGUCCAUGGGACUCUCAAGAGUCUCCUCCAGCACCAUAAUUCAAAAGCAUCAAUUCUUCAGCGAUCAGCCUUCUUUAUGGUCCAGCUCUCACUUCCAUACAUCACUACUGGGAAAACCAUAGCUUUGACUAUACAGGCCUUUGUUGGCAAGGUGAUGUCUCUGCUUUUUAAGAUGCUGUCUAGAUUUGUCAUUGCUUUGUAAGUUACAUGCUGCUUAAUCACAGUGCAAAAUAAACAUUAAAAAUACCAAUAAAGUCAGAUGUUAAAAACAAGUGGACUAUAAAAUAUAAGUAAAAUCCAUGGUGGGUGGGUGGGUGUGUACACACACACACACACACAGACACACACACACGUUAAAGUACAUGCCAGAAUUACAUGUCUGAGUAAGAUUGGUCAAAUAGAACGUGUUUAGGCAGUCUAAGUAAUACAGCAAAGGUGCCUGCCUAAUAUUGACAGGGAAACAAGUCACGGAGUGAUUGAAUUUGCAUUACAACGAAAUUACUGACAAAGGAGGAGGAUAGGGACUUAUGUGCCACCUGCGUGACCUCCUAGGCACCUAACCAGGUCUAGGUUCCAGCAGCCUUCACUGCUGCCUUCUUACUGAAAUUUUAGCCUUGCCUCCUAAUGGCAUUUCACCUAGUACUUCUGUUUGUAAUGCUGAAGAAGGAUGGCAACAUCUGCUCAAUUUUACACCUUGGAGGUGGCAAUUACUAUCUAAGAACCAAAGUGUUCAGGAUAAUUUAUUUGACCAACAUCCUCCUCUUCGUAUAUACAUUUCAGUUGUGUCAUAUAUGCGUUCUUUGCCAUGUUUGUGAAGCUAAAUGAUGCUUAUUCCCAUGUUUCUGUUCAGCCUCAGUACAGAACGUUUCUGAGCUUUGCAGCUGGUGCUGCCUGCUUCUGAUACUGGAUACUGUGAUUUAGAUUCACCCCAGCACCUCACAUAUUUACCAGAUGUAUGCCAGUGGUGGCCAUGUAAUGGCCAUAACUAGGCAUUUUUGCCUUUUCAUUUAUAUCUGACUGCCUCUUUGCACACAGUACCAAGACAAGCCCCCCUGAAGGGUUUCAUAUGUCACCUUAACUGUGCUCACUUCAGCUGUUUAUUAAUGUCGACAAAUUAUGUCGCGUUUCCAUUCCGUAACAUCAAUUCAUUGGAACAAUCUUGGCCUUUUUUUCCUUGCCAUGUAUGCCUUUCCUGCAAUUGUGUAGAUGCUAUUGUUCCUCUUACCUUGCCAUUUGGGCAGAACAGCAUUUACUUGACUGCAUGCCAGCCUUUGUUAUCUGCCAGACACCGUUCUGGAUACAUCUGCUUCAGCUGAUGAUACCCCGUAUAUUCAGUCAGUCCAGGUAUGUCACACAAGAUUUCCAGCAGAAUACUUGUCACUCAUUUGUGGACUCAUCAACCUUGGUUCACUAAACCUUUACAGUUGGCCAAUUACGCAUGCUGUUUUCUGCUGCGAGAAUCAGACAUCAGUUCUGCAUGGCCCAGAGUGCACACCCAGACUGCUUGCUCUCUUAAGAGGCUUUCUCUUCUUCCUCAGGGAUGUGAUCAGCCUGCUGUGUGGGGACUGAUCAAGGGAUGACUGCUGUUCUGUCCCUCUGCUUGUUUUCAUGCAGUCUGCACCCAUAGCAUACUGGCUGUACUAAUAUAGGAAAAAAUGUUAGCUGCUACAGAUUGAUUUUUUUGACUGCCCUUUUAUAAAUAGUCUCACCUAUGAAAUAUAGUUGAGGGGAAAAUAUUCUUCCCCUUCUGGACAACUUUAUGUAAAAGAAAACCCAAACCUCUCAAUCCUUUGGAAGCCUUCUAUAGUUGCAUGGAAGGCUUUGACUGUUUUUUCUUUCUUAAAAAAAUGUUCCUCCCAAUUUGAGUAGGAGGAGGAAAAGAUUUAAAGACAAUCAAGGGUGGAAUUCAAAGUAGUGAUAAUAAGCGAAUUGUUCUGUCACCUAUCUCCUUUUCUCCCCCUGUGUGCUGUUCUGGAGGUAUACCCUGACCCCCCAAAGCAGAUUUGGUGAGGGAGUAGGAACACACAGGCAAAGGGGUGGGGUGGGGAAUCCUGUUGAGCUAGUGGGACUCAUUUCACUGGUUUCCACUAGCACAGCAUCUUUGUUGGAUCUGACCUUAAGACUCCACCAAAUGCAGCAUAUGGCAUUUGUAUGGAUUGAUAGGAAAACAGUGGGUGCCAAUAGGUCUAUUAAAGUGUAGUACCUUCAUAUAGAUGGAACCAUAUCAGUCAUAAUAAAAUCUGGCAUUGUAAAAAAUCUACUCCACUACCGCUUCAAGCGUUCAAUAUGUAGCAGGCCUACAAUUCUAGAUAAUUAUUAUAUAUCUAUAUAAUAAUGAGGCAUCUGAAAGCAAUUUCACAAUACAAGAAAACACACUGGUAGUUUUCAACUUAGUUUUAUUCAGAGCAGACCCACUGAAAUGAAUAAACACAAUGAAGUAAGGUCUUUUGGGUCUAUUAGGAGUAAAAUAUAGUUGAAUAUCACCUACAUAAAACAAUUACAUAUACAGUGGUACCUCGCAAGACGAACGCCUCGCAAGACGGAAAACCCGCUAGACGAAAGGGUUUUCCGUUUUGGAGGCGCUUCGCAAAACGAAUUUCCCUAUGGGCUUGCUUCGCAAGACGACAGCCCAUAGGGAAAUCUCAGGGACAGCGGGGAAGCGCGUCUUCCCCACUGUCCUCGGACCUCCUCCGAAGCCUAGCGGCGGGGCGGGGACACCUCCUCCCGCCGCCGCCAGGCUUCGGAAGGCUCCUCCGAGCUGGGCGGGGAGGGAACACCUCCCGCCGCCGCCCGGCCGGAACGGUGCUCCGAGCCGGGCGGGGAGGGAAGACCUCCCGCCGCCGCCCGGCCUGGAACGGUGCUCCGAGCCGGGCGGUGGGGAGGAAGACCUCCCCGCCGCCCGGCUCGGAACGGUGCUCCGAGCCGGGCGGGGAGGGAACACCUCCCGCCGCCGCCCGGCUCCGGAACGGUGCUCCGAGCCGGGCGGGGGAGGGAAGACCUGCCGCCGCCGCCCGGCUCGGAACGGUGCUCCGAGCCGGGCGGGGGGAGGGAAGACCUGCCGCCGCCGCCCGGCUUCGGCACGGUGCGCCGAAGCCGGGCGGGGGAGGGAACACCUCCGCCGCCGCCCGGCUCGGAACGGUGCUCCGAGCCGGGCGGGGGAGGAAGACCUGCCGCGCGCCCGGCCGGUGCUCCGGCCGGGCGGGGAGGAGACCUCCGCCUCGCCCGGAACGGUGCUCCGAGCCGGGCGGUGGGGAGGAAGACCUCCCCGCCGCCCGGCUCGGGACGGUGCUCCGAGCCGGGCGGGGGAGGGAAGACCUCCCGCCGCCGCCCGGCUCGGAACGGUGCUCCGAGCCGGGCGGGGGGAGGGAAGACCUUCUGAAGGCGGGCGGGGGCGAAAGUCUUUGCUCCCCCUGCCUGCCUGUCCCGGAGGGCUUUUGAAGGCGGGGAGCAAAGACUUUCGCCCCCGCCCGCCUUCAGAAGAGGUCCAGGACCUCUUCUGAAGGCUGGCGGGGGCAAAGUCUUUGUCCCCCUGCCUGCCUUCCCAGGGGCUUUAAAUUGCCCCGGACAGCGGAGAAGUCCUCCGCUGUCCCGGGUGAUUUUAAAAUGCCGCCCGCCAGCAUUUUAAGAUCGCCCGGACAGCGGAGAAGUCCUCCGCUGUCCCGGGGUUUUAAAAUGCUGGGGGUGGGAAGAAAAGCCCUUGCCCCCCAGCCUUCAGAAGAGGUCCGGGGACAGACUGUCCCCGGACCUGGUCUGAAGGCGGUUUCCCUAGGAACGCAUUAAUUGAUUUUCAAUGCAUUCCUAUGGGAAACCGUGCAUCGCAAGACGAAAAACUCGCAAGACGAAGAGACUUGCGGAACGAAUUAAUUUCGUCUUGCGAGGCACCACUGUAUAAAAAUAAUUUCAAAUCUACUACUGAUAGCAACCGGGGUAAAUAAAUGUCCACUUAGAAGUUUUGCUGAAAUAGGAAAGUGUUCAACAAGUGUCAAAAAGACAGUAAAAGGGCCUGAAAUGCAAUGAAAUUGAGCUCAAAGGGGUAAGGUCCUGAUUGUUACAACAGGUGGAAUGGCUCUCCGGAUAAGAUAGUAUCUGCAGGACGUCCUCUCCUGUAGAGUGCAGUGAUUGAUUGGGAUGCAGCAAUCUUUCAGGUAUUCUGGUCCCAAGCUGCAUAGGACUUCUGGACAUCUGUACCAUCUCCUUGAACAUAGCCUGUUAGCUACUUGGCAGUCAGUGCAAUUCUUACAACAGCAACAUUCUGUCCAUUUCCUACAUUCCGCAGUAGCUGCAGCUUCCAAGCAGAGAAAGAGGGGGGCAGGGGGAGCCCAUCACCCCUGGCACCACGAUCCCGGUGGGCUGCCAUUGCGUCUGCCCCCCCCACUGGGCGCCAUGCCCCCGCAGACAGCGUGCCAUGCCCCCAGGACGCGCACCAUGCUCCAGGCAGCGCGCUAUGCCCCCAGGACGUGCGCCAUGCCCCUGGGACACGCACCACACCCCUGGGAUGUGUGCCACGCCCCCGGGAUGCACACCGGCCACGCUCCCGCCUACUUUCUGCCCCCAGUGCUGGAGCAAGAAUCUCCGCCACUGCUUCCAAGUGAAGCUUAAGAGCAGCCUCACAUAGAGCACAUUGCAGUAAUGGAGGUUACCAGCACAUGGGCAACGGAAACUGCCAGCUGCUUUGGCCUUUACUUUUACUUACUGAGCCAAGAGACACCUAGUAUUAAGCUAUUAAUUCAGAGCUCUGCAGGAAUGGGCUUCCCAACCGAUGGUGUUCUUGACACCAUAGUGAAUACGAAGGCACUUUUUGAAGCUUCAUCUGUGUAUAGGGGGCUCCUACUUAUUUCAGACGUAGGAAAGGGGGUGCAAUCCUUUCAUCUUUAAGACUAAUCUCAUUGAUUCAAAUGUGACUUAUGCAUAGGUAACUAGGCAUGUAAUGACAUACCAAUAAACAAUAAUGAUUUUAAUAAUCUAAAGAGUAUUGUAAAUUAGCCUUAUGCAUAUAAGAUUUCUUACAAAACAUUGUCACAUCUGAUCUUAUUCCUCAAUUUCCUGUGUCUGUUGUGUCAUAAAAAAUAUUCAAACUGCUAUAAUAAUAGAAAAUCACCAUUUGGAAAGGUCAUCAGAAUUUAUUUGACAUACUUUUUAGAGUAUGAUGUCUUGUGAGAUGUUUCCUGGCAUUGUUCAUGUGGCUUCAGAUUGGGAGAUUAUGUCAAGCAGAAAAGAAACAGCUGUAGCUGUAGCACAUUUUGCUUCUCAUUUCAUCUCGGCAGAAUAAGCAGCAGCUGAAGAAAGUUUCACUUGCUUUAACAGACCUUUAAAACUGGGACUGUGUCAGGAGCAGUUUCAGUUUUCAUUUUACUGUUGGCAUUAUUACUCAAGCUUUGUAUGAACAGUUGGAUGAGCACAGUUGUCAUUGUCUAUGAAGUUACUGCAGUUUUACAAUGGCUUUUUUAAUUAAUCUAACUUUUACUAUCUACUGCAUAUUAUCUUUAUGUUUAUUAAAAAAGAAAGAAAAGAAAAUCUGUCAGGGUUAUAAAGUUGAAUAAGGUGGAUUUAUGUAGCCACAGCCUUUGUGGAUGAUUUUUAUGAGUUUUAUUAGCAAGCUAAGCAAGGUGUAGUAUAUAAUAAAGUUUUUACUGUGCUCUUUUUCUGCAGUGAUUUUCAACUUUCCCCUGAUAUUUCAGAUGUUUAUAAAAUAAUUGCACUCAUGGUUAAAUCACAUUGCACUACAAAGUGUCUGCAAGAAGUACUGUAGAACCUUUUAAAUGAGAUUUUUUAUUUUUUUUUGGUAUUCAAAAGCAUUUCCAUGGGGCUUCCUUUCACAGCUACCUUUUUUUUACAAUGGCAACACAUAAUAUUGAAGUAUCAUAUACAUGCUUUAUAUUGACCCAAGUUGAAAAUGAAAAAUAAGGCUUAGAGGAUAGCACUUCUAACAAUCAAACACACUUUCUGCAUGUUGAAGAUGUUUUCAGCUCUAUGGCUGCAUUCAUAUUGAGCAUGAACCACAGUAAGCCCCCAAUUUGUAUGCUCAUCCCCUUCCCAUUCUUCCUCUGAUGUGGCCACAAGGAGAUUGGAAGCUUCCACUUCCAUUUUAAAUUAGCCACUGUUUAGCAUGCCAUUCAAAUCCUAAACCAGAGGUCUUCAGCUAUUUUGGCUUAUGCUCAUACUUUUGAGUAUGAGCACAAAAAUUUGCAACCAGAAAAAUGCACACCCACAAAUCACCACACAUUUGUGUGUGAGGUUUAAAAAGGUAAAGGUAAAGGACCCCUGACAGUUAAGUCCAGUCCCGGAUGACUCUGGGUUUGCGGCGCUCAUCUCGCUUUACAGGCCGAGGGAGCCGGCGUUUAUCCAUAGACAGUUUUUCCGGGUCAUGUGGCCAGCAUGACUAAGCCACUUCUGGCUCAACAGAGGACCAAAACCAGAGCAGUGCAUGGAAACGCCGUUUACCUUCCCGCCGGAGCGGUACCUAUUUAUCUACUUGCACUUUUUUUGGUGCGCUUUCGAACCGCUAGGUUGGCAAGGAGCUGGGACCGAGCAACAGGAGCUCACCCCGUCACGUGAGGUUUAUUAGGAAGCUAAUGUAACAUUAUCACCAUCACCAUCAGUAUUAUAAAAGAAAAUAAAUGUAUGCUUUAGUUGAGAUUCCUGCACUGCAAGGGAUUGAAUUAGAUUACCCUAAGGGCUCCUUCCAACUCUAUACAAUUCUGUGAUUCAAUGAAAGGGAAGAAACUUGAGAGCAGAGCUGGUUUUCAUUGGGUCAGAGCUGUUCUCUGGCUAACCUUCCACUUUCUUUCUCUCUCUCUCUCUCCUUCCAAGGGAGAGAAUUUAGCAUUGAGAUGAACACUAAGUGUCCCAAUCUGGAAGAUUAGGUAAUGAGCACAUUUGGAAUCUUGAGAGAGUGCCUUGGAAGCUGUCAUAAAAUGGCUGCCGUGGGGAGGGUGGGGGGCCCAUUCACAAAAAUGGCUGAAAUACUGUGUGUGUGAGAGAGAGAGAGAAAGAGAGAGAAAAGCAAACUACCCGGAGAAAGAAACAUGCCACUUGAUACCACACAAGUGGUAAUGAACAUUAUUUUAAAUUACUUCAUAUAUUCUCUUUCUACACAAGCAUGGGCGAUGCAGUAUAAAAAGUGAGAGUGAAGACCUCAUUUCUUGUUCAGAAGGUCGGAGCCUUCACCUGGACCUCAGCCUGCUGGGUAUAACAGCAUGAUUGAUAAUUUAAUGAUUCAUUAACCUGUGUCUCUACCUUUCAAUGUGAAAGAGGUACUUGUAAAUUUAUCAUUGGCCUUAACUUAAAUGGGAAAGGUUUCAAUCCCAAAUCAGCAUUUGCAUUUUUCAAAGGUGCAUUUUCUUGCCUAUUGGUAUGAAUCCAUUGUUAUCUUUUCAUUUUUAAAGACAUAUGCUUGGCAGGGGGUUGGACUCGAUGGCCCUUGUGGUCUCUUCCAACUCUAUGAUUCUAUGAUUCUAUGAUAUUAUAUAUUGACUCUGCUAACACAGGCAGAUUAUAAUUUUAGUGUACAUCGGGUUACAGAUGCUUCAGGUUACAGACUCCGCUAACCCAGAAAUAGUACCUUGGGUUAAGAACUUUGUUUCAGAAAUCACAUGGCGGCGGUGUGGCAGCAGUGGAAGGCCCCAUUAGCUAAAGUGGUGCUUCAGGUUAAGAACAGUUUCAGGUUAAGAACAGACCUCCAGAAUGAAUUAAGUUCUUAACCCGAGUUACCACUGUAAGUGAUAUGAAAGAAAGAAAGAAAGAAUCAAAUUCUGGCAUUGAAUGAAUCAGUUAAUUUUGGAGCCUUUAACAGCGUUAAACAACUCAUCAAAGAAAAAAAUUAUUUGGACUCUAAAUGGAGGAACCUUCAUUCACUUUCCCAGAUGGAAUACUCAUCCAAUAUAUGAAGCAUCUUUUGGGCUGGAGCAGUACUUUAUUAAUCUCACACUGGCACCACUUAGAAAAGCAUUUACAGCUUUGCCUAUUCAGUGUAUGCCCUCCCCAUAUCUAAUGGGAAGAUUCAAUAGCACCCCUGUGUACCAAAGUCUCUAUAUCUGUGAGUCUGGAGACGUGGAGGACAUUCAACACUAUUUGUUACAAUGCCCUUUAUAUACACCCCCUAGAUGUGCUAAAAUGUUUAGUAAAUGUUUAGUACAGUCCCCAAAUGUUUUCAAAUCAUUCAGUUGAUGGGUACUUUGAAUUCAGCCUGUCUUCCCCUUCCCCUCCUUCCUGGACAAUACUAUAAUUGUAGAUGUAAUAUAGAUUUUUUAGUGAGCAACAGGAAAUCCUGUGGCUUUCUUUCUGACAUAUCGUACAUUGGAAGGGCAGACACUGUAAAGCUGGAGACUUGAGUCCAGUCAUGGUAACAGGAGAACUUUAUUGAUAUUCAGGAACCCCUAAGGCCAGAGGCAGAGAGUGAAAGCUAGCAUUACAUGUUUAUCUUUUUCCUUGGGGAUGCAAAAUUAUCCAAGUCCUCUAAGUGAAUUUCCACUUCAGUGAUUCAAGAAUAACCACAAACAAGGGAAGGUGCACUUUAUGAGGUCCAGAGAGGCCUAGGCCACUUCCAUCUUUUGAGGACCGUAGCUAUAAUAAAAAAUAUUUAAAAAUGUCAAUACAUGAACACAAUAUAAGGUGCAUGCACACACACAUAUGUGAGAGGUUGGUUAAUAUAAUCAGCUGAUCUGAGAAGACACAUCCAUCAUCUCAUCUUGUACCAUCAGAGCCAAUAUAUUUUAAUGAAUAUUUAUUGACAUUUUAUGCUCUUUAAUAUGAUAACCUCUAUAUCAGUUACCAAAAAAGUAAGUAAAUAACUUUUCUUAUUUUCUUAAAUUUGAAGCUUAAAGCUGAGAGUGUGCCACAUUUUUGUCCAAUGUGCAUAAAAAGAAAGAAAGAAAGAAAGAAAAAAAGAGAGAGUUUGGACUUGAUAUCCCGCCUUUCACUCCCCUUCAGGAGUCUCAAAGCGGCUAACAUUCUCCUUUCCCUUCCUCCCCCACAACAAACACUCUGUGAGGUGAGUGGGGCUGAGAGACUUCAAAGAAGUGUGACUGGCCCAAGGUCACCCAGCAGCUGCAUGUGGAGGAGCAGAGACACGAACCCGGUUCCCCAGAUUACGAGUCCACCGCUCUUAACCACAACACCACACAAGUUGCAGAUUUAAUUGUUUGGCUCUUGGGGAGGGCAGAGUCUCGUCACAAUCCCUUAGGCGUUUGCCUUGGCCCAUCAUUAUGAGUCUUUUAAAAUAGCAGUGCUUAAAAGAUAAUAAAAGGUAGUAGAAGUAGAAAUACAACUGGAUGUGAGCUAGCGGAAAACCAGUAAGUCGAAGGCUGCUUCCAAGGCUGCCGGAGACUGCAAUUAUGUGCUCAUUAAAGCUGAUUUACGAUGCGGGCUUUACAGUUAUUAGCAAUGUGAACUCCUGGCAUGGGCUCCAACAACCUGAUACAGUCUUCAUCAAAAACUUGAAAGGCUGGGAGCCACAGCACAAAUUUUAGGGAGGAUUCGAAAUGAACUCCGGCAAAUGCGUCUUACCUCGUCCAGCCUCUCCCUCCAAGUUGCAGACCUUAUCAAAUACCCCAAAUCAACAAGUGUCUGAAGUUGAGGUCCCCUUUGAGUUUGAGGCCCAGGUUGAAUCACCCUCUUGGCUUCCCCCUGAUUGGCCAUGGUCCCAUGAUUAGGUAAUCUGGAAGAGGAGGCAAAAGAAAGACCCUGCCUAUCCAGUCCAGUGGGAGAAGUCAUCCUAUUGAGUAAAUGUCCUGCAGUCCAUCCUUCCAACAGAAAUGCAUGGUCAAACCAAUGUCCAUUUUUUUUAAAGCUACAGCUAACUUGUGAAAUAACCAUUAUAGUCAUGCACCUCAAAAAUUGUACCAUAUGUCCAAAUAGUUCUGUUAUAUAAGGAAAAAGCAGGGACAGAAUGAGGAAAUGGAACAAGAAUGUUAUAAUCCUCUUUCAUUUUUUCCCCAGUUUUGUGAAAUUUUAUUUUGCGCUUUCUGAUCCUUUGAAGACGUAGAAUAUGAAUUGAGGUUUUAAGUUACCAUAUUUUUUGCUCUAUAAGACUCACUUUUUCCCUCCUAAAAAGUAAGGGGGAAUGUGUGUGCGUCUUAUGGAGCGAGUGCAGGCUGUGCAGGUAUCCCAGAAGCCAGAACAGCAAGAGGGAUUGCUGCUUUCACUGCCCAGCGAUCCCUCUUGCUUUUCUGGCUUCUGAGAUUCAGAAUAGUUUUUUUCUUGUUUUCCUCCUCCAAAAACUAGGUGCGUCUUGUGGUCUGGUGCGUCUUAUAGAGCGAAAAAUACGGUAUAUCUUCCUCGUAUUUUGCAGUUGUAGAAUGUGAUUGCUUUAGGUGUAUUCCUUGUGUUCAUAAAAUUGAACAACUACCAGAAGGGUUUCAGAAUGAAAUGGCUACAAAUGAGCAUCUUUGUUAUGCAUGGAGAUUCAGAUACUGAGAUUUUUUUUAAAUUUUUUGGUAUUUUUAAUCUCCAGGGAUGAUAGUAGUUUGAGAGGGACUUGUAUGUUCUUUAUCUUUUUUAAAUGAAAUCACUAUUUAACAAUGUAGAGUGACAAUUUUGCAAACAUUAUUGAGUUUCGAAACCCUCUAAUACUCUCUUUUUAUUGCUUAAGGUAUACUAUAUAAGGUCAAAUUCUCUCCUGACAUUGUUAAAUUACAAUCAAUUUUUAAUAAAGCCUAUUUAGCCUGGUUAAUUAGAGUUAAUAGUAAAUUUUCUAGCCUGCUGACUUAUCUUUAGAAAAUAUUUGACCACACUGUUCAAUGAAAUUGACUCCACAUGUAUUUCUUACUUAUGUGAAUCUCAUUAUGUAAGAAAAAAGCAUUGGUUCCAGCUUGUUGUGUUUACCAUCUCUGGUUAAUUUGCAGACACAAAUAUUGUUCAGAACCUAUAUAAGCACUGAGGGUUACUUAUAUGCUUGCUUUUUUGUGUAUUUGUUCUAGGAUUCAGAGUUUCCUGAAGAUAUUCAAGUGAAUCCCUACCUUGCUCGUGCAAAAGAAUGUUUGCGCCCUCUAAAGUCUGGAAUAUAUAGGUUGAGCAACACCUUGAAAGUACAUGAUCUGGCAGUGAGCUGGUAGGAACUACCUUCUAAAAUUGCUUACUUAUGUAUUUGAUUUUUUAAACUAACAUAGAGAAUAAUUAACUUUUAAUGCUAGUUGCCAAAUACUUACUCGUAACAAUGCAACCAUUUCUAUAUGCAAUGAAAUAAAAGAAAUGGAUGGGUAGAGACCCCGUGAAUAAAUGGUACAGCGGGAGGUGAAAAUGACCAUGGAGAAUGUAGGUUCUAUGAGGCCCUUUUGUGUAGAGCUAUUUCCCCUUGCAUCUGAAAUAACUCCCACUCCCAAAUAUUAUAUGCAUUUAUUUCUUUUGAUAUACACAGACACACACACAUACACCAGCUAGUCAGCAAGAGAUUUAGAGUGAUCUCUGACACUGGCCCUAUUGAGAGUGGCUGCCAGACUUUGACUCUCUGCACUUUUCUAGAGGAAAAACAUCCUGGGCCUGGAGGCAGCUCAGACAAAAGCUGCUUCUGGAAAUGUUACAAGAUUUGAAAUCAAAUUCUGAUUCUGAUUCUAAAAAUCUGGAAACCCCAAAAUGCAACGAUAAUAUGAACGAAGGAGUUGUGGUUCUCAGGAAACGGGUAGCAAAAAUAAUUUCAUUUGGAAACAGAGACUUAGUGCUACUGUUUUGAUUGCUUGAAGGCUGAAAGGCAGAAGGGCUUUCUAUAUAAGGUUGCUAGAGAGAAAGCAAAGAAGAGGAGCUUUUGUUUCUUUAGCUAUGGAUAGCUGCAACUAGUUCAAAAAGCAGAAGACAGCUAGUGAGCUCCAGAGGCAUAGUGAAGACAUGAGUUCUUCAGCAGUCACGCAAGUAGCACCAAAUGUGUCUGCUUUAAAAGAGGCAGAAAAUAUCCAGCAAUAGACAGGGCCAGGGCACGAGAACAUCCCAACUGAAAAUACUGAGGAAGCUAUCGGUACUUUCCAACCUGAACAACAGGAAAAGCUGAAUAUGGCAAACUACAUAUCCAAAGCAACUCCUCCAUCACAAUGCUGGACCCCCACAGAAAGUUAUAAUAAUUAUUAUUUAUCAAAUUUGUCUUUCAUCCUUAGAUCUCAAGGCGGCUUACAGCAU